GCCCACCUUGUGCUGGAUUUGUCCGCGGGGGCGCGCACUCGUUCUCCUCCCCCCCGUUUUGUCCGUGUCGCGGCGUGCGCGCUCCCGCCCUCUCCUGUCUCUCUCUCUCUCUCCGCAGUGUAGCGGGGUUCCUAAGGAGGGGAGGAUGUGGUGAAAAAAAAAAAGGAAAAAAAAAAAAAAAAAUAAGAUGGCGGAGCUGCAGAUGCUGCUGGAGGAGGAGAUCCCCGGCGGCCGGAGGGCUUUGCUGGACAGCUAUACCAACCUGGAGAGAGUGGCUGACUACUGCGAGAACAACUACAUCCAGGUCUGGGGGGGGAUGGGGGUAUUAGAAUAUAAUGGGGGGGCAGGGUAAUGAUUUACAAUAAACCCCUUUUUAUAAAGGCAGAAAAUAAAAUGACGCCCAAUGAUGAAUUGAGAAUGAUUAAUGAAUGCAUGCUACAGUGUAUCAGUAGUGUUAUAACAGCCAGGCAGCAUGUAUUCUGUAUAAACAUGGUGGGGAGGGGGGUUAUUACUGGGAUCUAACCCUCUACCUGGCUCCCCAGGGAUUAUCACAGGAACACCCCCUCCUCCCCCAGAUUAAUAUUAUUAUUAUUAUUAUUUACCAGUGUUUCUAUGCAUUGCAUCUGAUGUGAGUGCCCUGCCAUACAAGUGGUUAUUAGCCAUUUACUGAGCUCCCUCUACUACCACAUGAUGGAGUGCUGGAGAAGGCAUGUGCCCCCAACAUGCAGUGUUUUCAUCAUAGCAUAGAUUCAAAUUAUCUUCAUAUCAUGUUCUACCCAUUGCCCAAGUGCUAUGGCUGGGUGUUCAUGGUACACAUGUACUAUUAAGCUUUAUACUCCUUUGAAAUCUGCCUUAUUCACUGCAAGGUGUUUUUUUUUUGUGUGUGUGUGUGUGUGUGUGUGUACACACACACAAUAUAAUCCUGAUGUAUACAUGUUCUGUUAUGCAUUUAUGAUUGGCAUUCAGUAAAAUGAAACCUUUACUGCUAAUAUCACAUGCAAAUUCAUUACACCUCAUUGCUAAAGAGUGGGUAGUAAAGUAUUGCUAUGCGGUAAUGGCACACACUUGAAUGCAAGAGGUUAAUGGGUGUUUAUUUCACCCCUACUGACACAUUCAGUGUGGCUGAGGUACAGCAUAUGACCGUUUUAUGUUUUUGUUUUUUUUGUUUUUUUUUAAAUAGCAUCAAUCAGUGCAUGUUCUUCAUUGAUUUAUCCUUCAUUCUCUUUCAUACGGUUUAUACUGAUUCCUUAAAAAUGUCCUCUUUAGAUUUUGGGUUAAUGUUUUCCAGCUGUUCAUUUUUUUUUACUUUUCAAUUACAAAGCCAAUUCUCUCCAUGCUAGUAUUAAAAUGUUUUUUUUUUUGUUUUUUUUUAAUGUGGGUGUAUGCUUGUGUGAUGAAGUAUAAGCAUUUCAAACUCAUCUUACCUAUAUUCUCUGGGUUUGGUUAUGUUGGAGGUGUCCACCCUCUCAUCUAUUACCCAAGUCACACAGAAGGCUAAUCAUAUAUUUCUUUUAUUGGUGGUUUUAAUAUAUAUCUUAUCUGAUGGUUAAAAUUCAAUUUACAUGGUCCCUUAAUUUGUAGCUAAAAAUUUGAAGUUUUCCAACCUAGUACAAUUAUAAUUGUCCUAUGUUGCAUGUUUUGCUGGUGUUCGAAUGGUUAACGUUCCUGCUUCUGUGUGACAAUUUGGUGACGGGAUGCAUCUUGGAUGCUGAGCCUCUUUGUACACUGUAAUUAGGCUUUUCACCCCAUCACUAACUAAGCGACAUACAGAGGAUGAUUGAUGAACAAUUAAUAACACUGUUGAUACUUCUAGACAGAAUACAAUUCUUGAAUUUAUUGAUUCAAAUGUAAAACAGUGAAGGUAGCAAGGUAUAAAAUUUGAUCUUUUCACUUUCUGAUGUAUUUGCAGUGUUAAUAUCUUUAAUAGAAGUAUUACAAUAUAAGCUCACGUGGUCUAACAAGGGUUAACGCUCUCAAAUCAGUCUAUCCAUUUCUAAUAUCUUAUUUUCAUUAAAUUACAUCUAUUUACAGUGUUUGACUUGUCUGUGUGGCCUCAGAGGAUGAAGCAUUCUUUGCUCACUUAUUGUUUUUUUUUUUUUUUUUUAAACCCUGUACUGUAAUGUUAUAUGAUCAAUGGAUCAUUUUGGUCCAUUUGAAGGAACGCAAGAUUCAUCCUGUGACCAUACUGACAUGCCCAUAAACCUGUUUGUCUCAUUGACCUUUUCACAGAUGGGCAGUUCAGCCAUUGAAGUAUGAUCAUACAUAAUCUGACUUUAGUAUUGUUAGAGCUGUAUAUUUAUUUUUUGAAGGUAACACUAAACAGGCAGGUUUAUAGUUUAUGUUCUGCUGCAUAGACUUGCAGUUCUUUUUAUUGCCUUUUUCACACAAUGCAUAAUGACUAAGAUGCUGUAGAAAUAAAUUCUAAAAAUUAAUUGGCUUAAACUUUAUAUUCUCACCUUCUCACACUUCACAGCUUGGGAGAGAGAGAGAGAAAAAAAAAGCAAGCAAUGCGUUUGUCUCAUCAAGCUGUGUGCAUGAAUUACAAUGAUGAACUUGUGGUUUUGUCAAAUAUCCCAUGUGAUGUCAUGUGGGAUUUGGCAGGAGGCUCAGAGUGCCCUGCUUCUGGCUUUGUUUCCACUAACAGAAACAGGUCACCUCCAAGAGAAUUGCCCUCCAGUGCAGUUCUGUUUAAAUAUUUAAUUGAUUUUCAAAUGAGACCCCUCCUAUUUUAUUGCUGCCUUGUAAUUUACUCUUAAUUUGUCUGUGCUUGUUACCUUUUUCUAUUUUAAUUUUAUGAAUCCGUACUGCAGUACAUUCUAAUAAGCUACAGGAACAGAAAAUAAAAAUACAUGACAAAUCAUGGCUUUUAACACAUUAUUGGAGUUAAGCAGCAGAGUGGCAAGUGUUGCACUGGUCUAGUUUCUUGGGCAAAACAGCCUAAAAUGUGUCUGCAUCAAAAGUCUUUUAAACCCAGAUUUUGUUGCAUAUGAUGCAUAUUAGUACUUGUAAGACUCUUCAGUUUAUUGCUAUUGGUGUUCAAAUAAAAGAGUAUGAAUAUAAAAUUGAUAUACAGAGUAUGCAUAUUUACAUAUCUUUUGUAUGGUGUCUCGAAGGUGUGGAAGAUAUACUGUGUUGCUGUGCUGAAGCAAAUCUACAGUUUUUUUUUUUAAUGUGUAAAUGGGAUCCCUUUGAAACAAACACAUAUAAACAAAUAUAGGUUAUUCAUAAUGAGAAAUUCUGGGACAUGGUUCUGAAAAUAGAGCAAUUGGUAGGAGCAUUCCAAUGGUUUCCAUGGUAAUUGCUCAAGUUUAGAACUUUGCCCUGAAUUGCUUUUUGUUUUAUAAGUAAACUCUGAUGUAUUGUGACAAGUAGUGCCUUUAAUAUGUAUCCAUGUUGAUUUGUGUUACACAUGAGAAUUUUGAUGUCUCCGUUUAGAUGUAGGCAUUGAGAAUCAUGGUUUCAGCUUUGAUGUAUGCUUCAAGAAUCUCUUAUUAAAUUGCUUUAUAAAUUCUGACUAUGCUCUAGUAGUCUAUUUUAAAGAACGGGAUAGAAUACAGCUAACUAGUACUUGGCUUCUUGUUAUGUAAAUUGAAAUCUAGUAACAAGAUUUCAAUAAUGAUUGCAAAUACUAAUAUGGUGGUGAUGUGACUUGAAUCAAAUUAUGAUGUGCAAAAUAAUAAAAUGAAGAUCAAUCGUCUGGUUGAAAUGAAAAUAAACUAAAAUUUGAUUUAUUUAAACUAUGUAACUUUCUUUUUUAUUUAAAGUUUCAUAGAGUGGAUAUAUUGGCACACAUGGUAAUACAAUAGCAUGCUGUACCCACAAAGGGUCAAAAUUAAAUUGUACAAUAGCAAAACUUGGAACUUUCUUAGCACAGUAUUUCCUACGAAGCAAAAUGCAGACUGUUUGAGCCACAUGCAGGGAGGCAUGACUUGGGCAGCAUAAACAAAGUGAUUGAACUCCUAAAUGGCAAGGAAUUGAGCAGUGAGACUGCAGAGGUAUAUUCAUACACCAAAACUGCCUUGAUCCGCUUAAUACAUUUUGGUGCCUAUAGUAUGCCUAUUACUCUAUGCAGCCCUAGCCACACCUCCCCUGGCUGUCGUAAAGACUGCUUGGUGGAAAAAAAGUAGGGAUCCACCGAUAUUGAUUUUUUUUAGAGUCGAUACCGAUAAUCUGUGAACUUUCAGGCCGAUAGCCGAUAUCUUGCCGAUAUUCUGUACAUUUACUAUUUUGAAAAAAUAACUAAUUCGAAAGGUAAAUGCACAAAAUAUACAUGCCACAUGUAGUGGAUGAAGUGUGUUUAGACAGGGGAGCUGUUUGUGUAGUGGAUGCAGAGUGUGUGUUUGUGUAGUGUGUAUAUAAUGCAGUGUUUGUGUAGUGUGUGUAUAUAAUGUAGUGUGUAUAUAAUGCAGUGUCUGUGUAGUGUGUGUAUAUAAUGCAGUGUUUGUGUAGAGUGUGUGUAUGUAGUGUGUGUUUGUGUAGUGUGUAUGUAAUGUAGUGUGUGUAAUGCAGUGUGUGUUUGUGUAGUGUGUGUAGUGUUUGUGUGUGUGUGUAUGUACUGCAGUGAGUGAGUGUGUGUGUGUUUGUGUAGUGAUGUAAUUUGUGUAAAAUGUCGGGGGGGCAUUUUUUAAAUUUUAAUUUUUUUUAAAAAUAUUUAAAUGUUUUUUUGUUUUGUUUAGUCCCCCCUCCCUGCUUCUUACCAGGGAGGGGGGAUAUAGUAUUCCCUGGUGGUCCAGUGGCUUGUUAAGUACAGUGGUGGCUCAGCAGCAGCAAGCGCUGACUUACCUUGGAAGCAGCUCCUCCAGCUCCCUGUGUAAAUCUCGCGGCUCUUAGUGCCGCGCGGAGCGUUGCCAUGGUAACCCGAGAUUUACACAGGGAGCUGCAGGAGCUGCUUGCAAGGUAAGUCAGCGCUUGCUGCUGGCCCCCCACAGGACCGCUGGGCUUGUAACGGGCCCGGCGGUCCUGUUAUAUAUUAUCGGCAAUAUCGGUAUCUGAAUUGGCCGAUACCGAUAUUGCCAAAAAUACCAAAUAUCGGCCGAUAAUCGGUUGAUCCCUAGAAAAAAAGUAAAAUUUUUACAGCACAAUGUGUUUACCUAAAGGACCACUAUAGUCACUCAGACCACUUCAGCUCAGUGAAGUGGUCUGAGUGUCAGGUCCCCCAGGUUUUAACCCUUCAGAUGUAAACAUAGCAGUUUCAGAGAAACUGCUAUGUUUACAUUGGAGGGUUAAUCCUGCCUCUAGUGGCCAUCUUCCUGACGCAUUGAGCAUUCAGAAUGUCCUUAGGAAAGCAUUGAGAACGCAGAACGACAAUAGGAAAGCAUUGAGAAAUGCUUUCCUAUGGGUGUUUUUAAUGGUGUGCGCGGCUCUGGCCGCGCAUGCGCAUUCGGGAGCUGACGUUGGAGGGGGAGGAGAUGUCACCAGCGCCGAGGGAGCCCGGUGCUCGAUAAAGGAAAGUGGCUGUAGGGGUUUUAACCCCUUCACCCAGAGGGAGGGGGGCCCUGAGGGUGGAGGGACCCUAAGGAUUAUAUAGUGUCAGGAAAACAAAUUUGUUUUCCUGACACUAUAGUGAUCCUUUAAGUUCAUCAGAUAAGACAAUGUACAAGGCCAAAGCACGAUCACGAAACUCUGUGUCCCUAUGACUGGUCCUCCAAUCACAUGGGAAAGGGGUUUUUACUCCCUUUUUCUCACACGCUGUACUGAUCUCGCCGCAACUGGCCCUGCCUCCAUGACUGCUAUCGUCAAUCUUGAUGAUCUCAGCCAAUCCAAUGCUUUCCCAUAGGAAAGCAUUGGGAGACUAUUGUGCAUGUGUGUCAAAACGCCGUUCUGCGCCAAUUGGCAUCUCCUCAUAGAGGAGGGUGUGGAGACGCUUAUACGUAGGUACUGUGCAGCACUGAUCCAGGAUGCACUCCAGAGGCCGUCUGAGUGACUGUCACCAGAAGUGUUGCAAGGCAGCAAUGUAAAUACUACCUUUUCUAUGAAAAGGCAGGGUUUACAUUGAAAAAGUGUGCAGGACACUUAGACAUGAGAACAACUACCUUAAGCUGUAGUGGUUCUGGUGACUAUAGUGUCCCUUUAAGAAUUGUAUUUUUGACAUUGAAAAACCUGGCUCCUAGAUUCCAAGCAAAUUUGUCAAGCCCUGCCCUAAUAUAAGCUCGUUUUGAGCAGGGCCCACAUCUACCUAUUGUUCCUGUGUCACUGUGUAAUUGUCUCAUUUAUUGUAAAUUUCCCACUUUCAUAAUAUUGUAAAGCGCUGCGGAAUUAGUUGGCGCUAUAUAAAUACCAAUAAUAAUUAUAAAAUAUAUGUAGCACCAUACCCACAUCGAUGAACUGCAGUGAUUAUGGUGUUGACACUUGAAUGCAAUAUUGUUGUAGCAUUUGUAGCAUUUUGAGAAUGUCCGCAUGAAGAUAUAUAUAUAUAUAUAAGUCCUACUGAUCCUGUGCUGCACCUGUGAUUCAGAAGACGUGUCAGCAACCCCAAGCCAGUGUGCGUAAGAUGGAUAAUGUUUUCCAAUUUCACUCUUUUGGCUUAUCAUUUGCAAUUCUCUUUUUGGAUUCUUUAUAAUUCUCAGUCUAGUGUAUAGCCCUGAAGGUCUGAAUGUUGUAAUUAUCUAAAAUCCUUGUUUUUUGCAAGCAUACCUUUUAUCUCUGAGUACAGUACUGUAGUCUAUUUUUCCGCUUCUCACUAAACCAAAUCAAAUUGCUGCUUUUCAUUAAUACUGUAAGGGCUGGUUCACAACAUACUCAGUCACUGCCACAAUUGCUUUUGUGUUGCUCUAUGUAGUUCCUUUGAGUUAAUGUGACCGCUUCCUUGCGCCUACAUGUUUCUUUGCGAGGAUUGAACCAGGAAAUGUAUGGAUACCAUUAUUAAUUGUUUACUUUUAUUUGUAGGUUUAAAAUAUUAUUCCUGAACUACAAGGAAUGGAAAUGCAUUUUUUUUUUUUUUUAAACCUAAGAAUAGAAAAUGAAAAACCUACAUGUAAUAUUAAAUAUUAAAGGGGCUUUCCAUGCUGAAUUCACCACAAUUGUUGAUUCGUCAUGGAGAUAAAUGUGUAAAAAUCUGCACCUAAGUGUAGUGGUUAUGUUGCUAAGAGGGCUCUGGUUGCUUCCCCCAUUAAUUAAUUUUUUUCACAAACCUCUUGCGCGUAGACAAAAAAGCGUGGGCUCUUUCCUGCACUCACAGACUACCCACUCUUCAGCAGACUUAAUGAUGCGUAAUUUACACUUCCACAUUAUGAGUACCAAACCUGUCAAUAUGGACAGCAGUGAUAGGCUGAGAGAUGCUGGGCACAUCUAGACUUGAAUCCCGCCCACUAUUGUAGACUUUUUAAUGGUUACCAGAGAAACAGGAUAGCAGUAGAAUGCAGAGUAUGGACACCCAUGAUUACAUUACAGAAUACACAAUCACCAUGUCAUUAUCUGCAGGUUACAAAGGCUUUCUGUCACAGAUUCGUCCGUCGCUCUAGUUUGUCAAAAACAAGUAUAAGUUUUUAUGAAAGGUGUGUGUGUGUGUGUGUGUGUGUGUGUGUGUGUGUGUGUGUGUGUGUGUGUGUGUGUGUGUGUGUGUGUGUGUGUAUAUAUAUAUAUAUAUAUCCAUAUCAUACAUGAUCCAGUGCAUGCACUACCUUUGGUAGACAAUGCCAAUGUACACCAUUCUUGGCAGGUCCCAUCCUAGCAACCUAUGCGUGAAUACGCUGGAUGAUGUAUGAAUUGGCCACUACAGCACCCUCCUAAUGUAUGCAUGUUCUGAUGAGUGCAACCCUCUUAGUUUUGUAUAUGAAUGUCUGUGUAUGUACGUAUGUCAUAUAUACACAAAUUCUUCAAUGCAUAAAUCAUUAGGGAAUGACAUAAUGGUGAGGGAACAUCACACCCACCCCCCAAAAAAACAAGCAUUUUAUUGAAUCAUAAAGAUUGUAUGUAAUCGAUGAGCAGGGUUCUUGACAGAAUUCUGUCCACAUGACUGGAUUGGGGUCACUUUGCUUUCAGUUUUGUUAUCUAUUUAUCCUCACUUUGUUACUAAAUUCUACUUGCCAUCAUUUGGGGCUUUGUAUCUCCCAAUAAAUCUCUUUAUCUUGACCAUUAUUGCUGAAGUAGCCCACUAGAAUUUCUGCACUGAAUACAGAUAUUAACUUGUCAGUUUUAAUAAACCCUAAUUAAAGGAACACUAUAGGGUCAGGAAUAUAAAUGUAUAUUCCUGACCUGAUGGUGUUAAAAACAUUAUUUAGGCCAGUGGUUCCCAAACUUUUUAGGUUCAAGGCAUCCUUAACAUGUCAAUAUAUUUCCAAGGCAUCCCAAGUUAAAACAAUUUCCUAGGUUGUAUAUAUGUAGACGCAGCGGCAUUUACUGGGCCCCUGUUUGACAGAAAUCCUUGCCGGUCAAGCGCAGAUACAGAACCUAAUCUUUGGAGGGGCACUGGUAAAUUACUUAAAUAAACAAUCCAGGCACUGGCCAUCCUUUGUAGUGGUUAUGGUGCUAAUAGUGCCGUAGUGCUCUCCCAGAGUAAGUAGUCAAACUGUUUAAGAACAGUUUGACAACUUACCUGCGAUCUGCUAGGAGGGUCUGUACUAAGGAAUAGGUGCAGUAGUGUAUCUGAGGGGUGGAGUGUGUGAGUGGUGCAUUGUGUUUGUGAAGGAUGCAGUAUGUGUGUGUGAGUGGUACUGUGUGUGUAUGUGUGGGGGAGCAGGUUGUAUGAGGCGGCAGGUUGUAUGGGGAGAUAAUUGUGUGUAUGGGGGGAGUUGUUGUGGGUCUGUGGGGGUAGGAAGGCAGAUAGAUAUAUACUUUUUUUUUUUAUUAAAAAAAGAAAAAAAUUAUUAUUUUAAUAUCCCUCCCCUGCUUACCUUUGCCAGAGUUCACUCUCGUGAUAUUCGGAGCCUGGGGCGCCGCAGCAACGAGUCUGGGAACCCCUGAUUUAGGUCCUUGCUCCCCUUUAAAUAAAUAUUUUAUUCACCUUUAUUUUUCAGGACUGAGCGGGUCUGCUGGCGCUGGUUCUGCUCCACCCCGCCUUCUUGGCUGAGCUCAUUAAAAUUGACAAUCUCAGCCAAUCCAACGCUUGCCUAUGAUGAUCUCAGCCAAGGAGGUGGGGGGGGGGGGAGUACCAAACCCCACCCUAGCCAAUCAGCAAAUCAGCAUCUCCUCAUAGAGAUGCAUUGAAUCAGUGCAUCUCUAUAGGGAAAGUUCAGUGUCUUCAUGCAGAGUGUGGAGAUGAUGAACUUCUGUCUUGCGUGUUGUGCAGCACUGACUAAGGAAGUACCUCUAGUUGCCGUCUGAGUGAAUGCAACUGGAGAUGUCCCUAGGCAGCAAUGUAAACAUUGCCGUUUUUCUAAAAAGGCAAUGUUUACAGCAAAAAACAGGAUAUAGACAGGAAAUAGACACCAGAACAACUACAUUUAUCUGUAGAUGUUCUGGUACUAUAGUGUCCCUCUAAGUUAACGUUUGACUUCUCAGUCAUGUGACACAGAUUUUGCAUUAUUGCUUCCUGCACAAUGCCUAGGGUUACGAAUGUGUGACCGGCCAUGAUGUUCAGCGCAAAUUAUUGCUAGCAGAGCGUGACACUGAACUCUUCUCUACUACCACCAUAGGUCUAUAAGCUUUAUUUACAGGGUUAUUAAAACAUGCAUUGCCAGAAACUCAAGGGAAUUUUCAAAUGUAAGGCCAAAAUAACCAAACGUUAAAUACAGCUUUGGUUCUUAAUAGUGAGCAAUUCUCUGCCACCUGCAAAAUAAUUACGAUCUGUGCUGAAAGCCUUUGGUAUCCUCAGAAAGAUGUUUGACUUGGCUAGUUUGCAUGUUUUGACCUUUUGUGACAGGGCAUCUGUACUCCAGUAAUCAUUUGAAAUGUCUUUAUUGUACUGGAUUAGUUAAAUUUCUAAUUAGGAACCACACAGCAUUUGGUAAUUGAUUAAUCAUUUGACCAAAUAAUCACACUAGAGAUAUUUGUGCUGUUUACAGAGCUUUUAUUACAUAUCUAGUUCACAGCGUUGUUCAUUAUCACUAACUGCUGUUUUAUUUUUCCUGCUGCUUUUUAAAGUGGAAAGGCAAUUCCUUAUGAAAUAUUGUUUCAGUCUGUGGAUUUGUAAUUAGAGGGGUGCUUUGGAAGUCAAGUUAAUCAUCAUAAAAUCAGAUUUAAAAUUACAAUGUUAAAGCAAAUGCUGAACUCUCAUUUAGGGGUUUGAUCAUUCAGACAAAUGUUUAAUUGGAAUGUUACCAUUUUCUCACUGUAACUGUUCGUAAAAGAACAGCUUAUAAUUCUGUUUUUGCAUAGAUGCUAUAGAAUUUGCAAUUUUUGCUUUAAAGCUAAAAAAAAAAAAAAAAAAAGUGUUCCUUUCAGGAUUUUACAUCUGUUUGUAAUGUUUUAAGAUCUCUGUUUUAUUGCUAUGGUGUUUAGGUUGGGAAUGUUAAAAACUUGCUAAUGGCACCUGGAUGGCUUUUUGGAGAGAUCAUUUUGUGUUGAAUUGUAGUGGAUCUACAUACUUGAUAUUCUGUAAUCUUGGUGUUACAUUACUGCGUAGUCUUUCCUCAGAUUUUGGGUUUUGUGGUUUUUAUUGAUAUAAAAGCCAAAUAUAGAACUGUAAACGCUGAUAUGUCUGCUGUAUAUCUCCUCUACCCGCUUUAAAAAACAAAACAAAAUGCCAAACAUAGAAGGUGAUACAUAAUCCAUGUACUGGCUACAUUAUUCCUGCAAUUCACUUUUCCAUCGUUAUAAGAAUUUGUGCUAUAUAAAUCAUUUUUAAACCAUAUUCUAUGUCUAAGAGCCACUGUUGUGCCGAUCUUAUCUUUUCCCAAUCGUUUCCUGUCUCUUCCUCUUUUAUAAUCUGUUUUUCUUGUCUGUAGUUCUGAUCUGGUUUUCUUUAAAACAAGAUAAAGUAGAGGGACUUCUUUGUCUUAUGUAUUUUUCCUAUGCCUGACUUUCUUUGACACAAGGAGGAGCUUAAGUCAGCUCCACUUCCUGUGUGAGAGAAAGUUUUCCCACAAUACUCACCCUCCUCCAUGUUCUCGUGUUGCUCCAUUCGUCAUUCCCGAACUUCCAGUCAUUUAGGCUAUGGCGCCAGCGAAAUGAUCGAAUUCUGUCCAAAAGAAAGACGACAGUUGGAAACUGUGUUCUAAAAAGCAUCACCGCAGCUACAGUUAAAGUCAAAAUUAUUCAAACCGCAUUGAAAUUCGGCUUAUUGUCAACUUACAGACUUUCAUCUGCUUACAGUCCGCAGACUAGAUGUAUAGCCAGACAGCAGCUUCUGACAGCGUUCCUGAUGAAUCUUAGCCCAUUGCUUAUGAGCAAUGGCCUCCAGUUGAGUAAUAUUCUUGGGUUUGUGUGCUGAAACCACCUUCUUCAAAUCCCACCAGAGAUUUUCUAUGGGGUUCAAGUUAGGUGACUGUGAUGGCCACUGUAGAAUUCCAAUGACACCCAAGUUUCAGCUUCCUCACAGACAGAUUUCUUGAUACUUCACUGAAUUAAGCUUUUCUUCUGCACACCGCAGGUUUCCAAUGCCAGAGGAUGCAAAGCAUCACCGAGUGACAAUGCGUAAUUGUAGGCAGAUUGUUCUUUUUAGUGUAUGCUAUAUUCUUCUUCCUCUUGAAGAAGCGCUGCUCUAUUGGGAAGAAAAGUUAGUUUUGUUUCAUCGCUCCAAAGAACAGAAUCCCCAAACUUCUGUGGCUUAUUUAUAUGAUUGAUUUUGAGCAUAUUGGAGCUGACUUUUCUUGUGCUUUUGAGUCAGUAGGGGUAUAUGUCUUGAAAUUCUGGCAUGGUUUUAGUACACGUCUUACUGUGCUCACUGAAACCUCAGUGCCUGUUGCCCCAAAGUCUUUCUGCAGGUCUUUUGCAGUCACUCGACUUCUCAGAAAUCUAGUUGCAGCCAUUAAUAGCUUAAUUUUUCUGCCCAGUCCAGGUAGUGUAACCACUGUUUCUUCAACAUGGAAUUUUUGAAUUAUGCUUCCAUAGGUGUCUCUAGGAACAUUCAGUCCAUUCACUAUCUUUUUGUAUGCUGUUCCUUGUUUGUGAAGGUCGAUGAUCUCUUCUCUUAACUUUGUGGAUCAUUCGAUUGACUUAGCCAUAUUUCUAACAUGCAGUCAAACGUGACACUCAACAACGCCCUAGCCAGUUCAGGUAAUUCAAGUGUUCCAGCCUAAGCACACCUGGUGCAACUAAUGAAGUCCUUGAUUAGUUGCAUGAGUUGUGCUUCAGGCAACAUAUGUUUUGCAUAUCUGUGCUGUUGUGAGGGAUUCUAUUUAGGGAGUUAUUAUUAUUGUAAUUAUCGCCAUUUAUAUAGCGCCAACAGAUUCCGUAGCGCUUACUACUAAUUCUGAGACUGGAGAAGUCAUAAGUUGCAUUUUCAGUUGAAUUUGGGGAAACCACUUGAAGCAUUUGUUGUUGAGCUAUUUCAAUUGCUUUUGUUUGAUUUGGUCAUUGCAAACAGCUGACAGUCUGUACAUUUUGACAAUACAGGGAGUGCAGAAUUAUUAGGCAAGUUGUAUUUUUGAGGAUUAAUUUUAUUAUUGAACAACAACCAUGUUCUCAAUGAACCCAAAAAACUCAUUAAUAUCAAAGCUGAAUAUUUUUGGAAGUAGUUUUUAGUUUGUUUUUAGUUUUAGCUAUGUUAGGGGGAUAUCUGUGUGUGCAGGUGACUAUUACUGUGCAUAAUUAUUAGGCAACUUAACAAAAAACAAAUAUAUACCCAUUUCAAUUAUUUAUUAUUACCAGUGAAACCAAUAUAACAUCUCAACAUUCACAAAUAUAAAUUUCUGACAUUCAAAAACAAAACAAAAACAAAUCAGUGACCAAUAUAGCCACCUUUCUUUGCAAGGACACUCAAAAGCCUGCCAUCCAUGGAUUCUGUCAGUGUUUUGAUCUGUUCACCAUCAACAUUGCGUGCAGCAGCAACCACAGCCUCCCAGACACUGUUCAGAGAGGUGUACUGUUUUCCCUCCUUGUAAAUCUCACAUUUGAUGAUGGACCACAGGUUCUCAAUGGGGUUCAGAUCAGGUGAACAAGGAGGCCAUGUCAUUAGAUUUCCUUCUUUUAUACCCUUUCUUGCCAGCCAUGCUGUGGAGUACUUGGACGCGUGUGAUGGAGCAUUGUCCUGCAUGAAAAUCAUGUUUUUCUUGAAGGAUGCAGACUUCUUCCUGUACCACUGCUUGAAGAAGGUGUCUUCCAGGAACUGGCAGUAGGACUGGGAGUUGAGCUUGACUCCAUCCUCAACCCGAAAAGGCCCCACAAGCUCAUCUUUGAUGAUACCAGCCCAAACCAGUACUCCACCUCCACCUUGCUGGCGUCUGAGUCGGACUGGAGCUCUCUGCCCUUUACCAAUCCAGCCACGGGCCCAUCCAUCUGGCCCAUCAAGACUCACUCUCAUUUCAUCAGUCCAUAAAACCUUAGAAAAAUCAGUCUUGAGAUAUUUCUUGGCCCAGUCUUGACGUUUCAGCUUGUGUGUCUUGUUCAGUGGUGGUCGUCUUUCAGCCUUUCUUACCUUGGCCAUGUCUCUGAGUAUUGCACACCUUGUGCUUUUGGGCACUCCAGUGAUGUUGCAGCUCUGAAAUAUGGCCAAACUGGUGGCAAGUGGCAUCGUGGCAGCUGCACGCUUGACUUUUCUCAGUUCAUGGGCAGUUAUUUUGCGCCUUGGUUUUUCCACACGCUUCUUGCGACCCUGUUGACUAUUUUGAAUGAAACGCUUGAUUGUUCGAUGAUCACGCUUCAGAAGCUUUGCAAUUUUAAGAGUGCUGCAUCCCUCUGCAAGAUAUCUCACUAUGUUUGACUUUUCUGAGCCUGUCAAGUCCUUCUUUUGACCCAUUUUGCCAAAGGAAAGGAAGUUGCCUAAUAAUUAUGCACACCUGAUAUAGGGUGUUGAUGUCAUUAGACCACACCCCUUCUCAUUACAGAGAUGCACAUCACCUAAUAUGCUUAAUUGGUAGUAGGCUUUCGAGCCUAUACAGCUUGGAGUAAGACAACAUGCAUAAAGAGGAUGAUGUGGUCAAAAUACUCAUUUGCCUAAUAAUUCUGCACUCCCUGUAAACCUGAUUUUCAAUGGGGGUUGAAUAAUUAAUUUUGAUUACAACAAUAGCUUGAGUUUGGAUAACCACACUGGAGACCGUACUAGACCUUCAUUGGUAGUUAUAAGAAUAAUACCUGCAAAGUUGUAAUUACCACCACCACUGUCCCAAAUGUAUUUGCUUAGGAUUCAAUCCAGUAUUUCGUGGCAAGGAAAAGUAAGACUCUCAGACUACAGGAAUGGAAGGCUUUCUGGAGCACCCUAAGUUGUAGUUAAAGGAACUCUAUAUUGUCAGGAAUACAAACAAGUAAUCCUAACACUAUAGUGUUAAACUAACUGUUUAGGUGACUGGCCCCCUCUAUGGAGUUAAGAUGUUAACUCGCCUUUUCCCCUUCACCCCGCUGGCCCUGCUUAUGCGGCUGGGAGCCUCUAUAUCGAUGAUAUUCACCAAUCAAAUGCUUUACCAUAGGGAAACAUUGGGAAGCUAUUGCACAUGCGCAGGAAAAUGCUUUGCUGCCACAACAGCAUCUCCUUAUAGGGAUGCAUUGUAUUAAUGCAACUCUUUAGGGAACGUUCAGCAAUGACUGAAUGCCAGUGCUAGUGCAGCACUGGUCUAGGAAGCACCUCAAGUGGCCAUCUUAUGACUUGUUAUUUUUUUAUUUUCAGUGCUCAGCCUGCAGGAACAGACUGUGUGCAUCAGAACUACUACAUUAAGCAAUAGUGGUUAUGGUGACUACAAUGUCCCUUUAAAUGCCCAUGAGGCGGUAUCACAAGAUUAUUAAAUUAAAAUACAACACUCACGUUUCACUGCCUGCAUGUUGGAUAAUGGCUAUCUGAUAAGGAGUUCUGUCAGUUUUUUUUUUUUUUUGGUGUUGGAAUGAGACUUCUGUGUCCAAAACUCUGUUACAAAGAAUUUAACUCACAAUUGUGUUUGCUUAUGAACUUACAAAGAAAGAAUAAGUUCGUAAAUUCUGAGAUCAUUCAGCUUAAACCGUGGCUAUAUCUUGGACUGAAAUUUAGUAUACUUAGUCAGCUAUUCACAGCUUUUCAAGGUAUUAAUUAGACUAUUGCUUGGAUUUCCAAGCCUCAGCAUUCACCAGUAAGUCAGUUCAGACUCUUCUAGGCAGGUCGUUCCUCUCUCAGCCAUUAGGUGCUACUUCCCUUUUUGACAGCCCUUACUUUUUUUUUUAUUAUUAUUGUUUUUUGGAAAAGUAGUUUGUUGUGUUUGAAAUUUGCUGGGUAUCUAAGUUUGCAAUAAUAUGUGCUAAUAACUAUUAAUUUACCAAGAGGUAUGAGUGAAAAAUGACUAGUAAUUUUCAAACAUCUGUAGUUAAGGUGUUGCAGAUACCCCGUGUUGGGCAAUUACCUACAAAAAGGUGUAUUCCAUGUAUCUAUACUACUUUGUUUUUUUUCCUCCUCGGAUGUGUGAGAUAGGAAAGGAAAAAUCAGUCACAUAGCAUUUUUUGUACAUUCAAUCAUUGCAGCUUUGUUUGUAAUGCUGUGGUAACAAAUAGUUUUGUGAUGGUACCAACAACAGCUGUUAAAUAAUCUGAUAAUGAAACGGUCUUUUGUACAGGGCUUUCAAUGAGCAAGGCAAAAAAAAGAAAAGCCCUUUUUGUUCCUCUAGUAACAGAACUUGCUGAACACUGCUUUAAAAAUACCUGGUUGGAAUUUUCUUUCACAAUGUAAAUCGAGAGCCCCUGAGGCUUAGAUUUUGUCCUAGGACAUAGAUGAUAUGAGUGGUAUUAGUGAUGCAUAGUGUGUGUGUCAUCUGUUUUCCAGGUUUAUUUUUUUUUUUUAAGAAAAGAUCAGUUUUGCCUCAGCCUCAGAAGCAUUUACUUGUUUAAGGAGAAACAGAACUGUCACUUGUAAAUGGAUAGGUUGAGUUCUUCAAUGUAGAUCAUAGAGCAGAUCUAUAAUUCAAUUUUUGUUUUCUUUGUAUUUGGUGCAGGGAAGGAAUAUAUUUAUUAUACGCUUUGUUGCCCAUAAUGGAGACCGUUUGUUUUAUCUUCAGAAUUCCGUGCAUUUGUAGAUGAAUCGCAUAUCACAUUUAUAUCGAUCGGAACAGAGCGCAACUAAUCAAAGGUGUAAUAAAAAGGAUUGGCGACAAGCACAAAACAUGCAUUUCUAAAUAGUGGUGCUGUCAUAAAGACCAGAAUAUAUUCAAAAUACAGAUUAUAGAACAGUGCACACGCAAGAAAAAUAGUUUUAAAGGGAAACUGUAGGCACCAAGACCACUUCAGCUAAGUAUUCCUGGCACUAAGUAUCCCUUUAAUAUGGGGAUUAAGUUGCACCAUAUGGCCAUAUUGUAUAGAUCGGUGAUUUGAAGUAGCCUUGUAAAAUGUAAAAAAAAUUUUCCUGUGUGUGCGCGGUUACCUAAUUUGUAUUUAGAGAAAAAUUAAUAACAUAACUUUAAAAUCCCUCUUAUUCCAUGUGUCUGAAUUCAACAAAAGUAUACAGACUUUCUUACUCCUGUGCACCAUAUAAGUUGUACAUAGGAACAGGAACAGUUUUGUUGAGUAUAGGAAUUCUCUUAUUUAUUUUAAAAAAUUUUUUUGUUCCUCUUUAUUUAGAGAAGGCAUACAUAAAUGCAUUUGAAUGAAACAUUUCAAAAUCUAAACAGGAUAAUUUGGAACACUACCAAAUGUUUUAACACGUUAAAAAUGGGUCAAAAAGCUUGAGUUGGAAAAGGGAAAAAACAAACAACACAUAAAAUGUUAUCCAGGAGGGAAAGAGGCACUGUGCUAAAAUACAGAAAGAUUCGUCAAUAUAUUUUCCAAUUAAUCCAACGGGACCAUAUGUUUGUAAAAGAUUUCAUUGUAUACCUAGUGAUGGGAGGUAAUUUAUCUCUAAGCAUGGUCUGUUAUUUUGUGUAAUACUUUUUGGAGAUGUGAGGAGGUUGAUCUGUAUUCCAGACAUUUGCAAUAUCAAAGCUUUUCUUGUGAGUUUUUAAUUUGUAAAAUUUUUAAAUGGUGCUCAUUAGAUCACUAUCAUUAGAGCAGGGCUUGACAAAUUUGUUUGGAAUAUAGGAGCCAGCUAAAAAAGUUAGGAGCCAGUCAUUUUCAAUGAUAAAAUGCAAUUCUUAAAGGGACACUAUAGUCACCAGAACCACUAUAGCUUGAUGUAGUUGUUCUGGUGUCUAUAGCCUGUCACCGCAGGCUUUUUAGUAUAAACACUGCCUUUUUCUGUGAAAAGGCAGUGUUUACAUCACUCAGACUGCCACUAGAGAGUUCUGGGUCACUGCUGCACCACGUGCAGCACCCAUGUUCAGUAUCUCCAUGCUCUGCAUGAAGGCGCUGAAUGUUCCUUAAAGAGAUUCAUUAAUUUAAUGCAUCUCUAUGAGGAGAUGCUGAUUGGUACAUUUGCUGCGCAUGCAUUGGCUUAGCUGAGAUCAUAAAAAAUGAUAAUCUCAGCUAUGGCAAAACUGGCACGGUGUGGGAAAAUGGUGAGGAAAAACACUUUCCUCAUGCGAUCGGAAGGGGAAGGUACCUAAACGCAUGCGCACACUCUGACAGGCUCACACUCACAUUUUUGUUUUAAUGGAAACCCACUCAGCCUCCCUACCUUUGGGAGAGCUGAGUGGAUCUUUCCCCAGGGACCAGUGGGGCCGCUCUCUUCCUGCAGCUCCUCUCUGCUCCUUGCGCGCUCUCCGUAGUGAUGUCUGGGCUGGAGUGACAUCAUAUUCCUGCUCCCGGCAUCAUUAGACAGCCCAAGGGAGCAGAGAGGAGCUGCAGUAAGAGUACUGCUCCCUCGUGCACUGCGUCCAUGCUGCCCAAGCCGCCUCGAAUAUUCCCCGUGACCCACACUAACUAGAGAGCUAGCAAAUCCCAGGAGCCAGGAUGAACAACUGUCCCAACUGUCCCUAUUUAGGAUGUGCAGUCCUUAUUUUGGACAUAAAUCCAUCUGUCCCCCCUUUUCAUCAUAAUGUACAACAUUUCUAGGGGCUCCAUAUUGUUGGUGCGUCUGAGGGUAUAACAGAGUUCCACAGCAAUAAUGAUUACAGUAAUGUGUCCUUAUAUCAAGUACAGUGUGUGUAUAUAUGUGUGUAUAUAUAUAUAUAUAUAUAUAAGUCCCCCCUCUACUAAAUCCCAGCACCCCUCUCUAGCCAACAAGCAGAAUCCACUCAUUUUGCCGCUGCCAGUAUGUGACUCCGGAGUCCGCCCUCUGGUAUACCCCAAAUGGCGCCGUCCGCACCCUAUGCCAAAGCGGACCCUCCUUCUUCUUCUUGAAACACUGUAAAGGUGGAGCACGUCGACGUCACGUUGGAAUGUGACGCGGCGAUGCGUGCCUCCGUGCACCUCCAGGUCCUCCACUGUCCAGCCUCGGCCAUCGACACUCACUGACACUCACCCUCACUCACUCAUCCUCACUAACUGACACAGACAGACACUCACUCACUGACACUCACUCACUGACACAGACACACACAUUUACACAUUCUUGCACACACUCACAUCAUUGUAUUUAUCCCUCACUGACACUCAUUCACUGACACUCACCCUCCCUCACUCACCCUCCCUCACUCACCCUCCCUCACUCACCCUCCCUCACUCACCCUCCCUCACUCACCCUCCCUCACUCACCCUCCCUCUCCCCUCCUCACUCCCUCCCUCACCCCCCUCCCUCCCUCACCCUCCCUCCCUCCCUCCCUCACCCCCUCCCCCUCACCCUCCCUGACUCACUCCCACCCUCACCCACACCUCACUCCACACUCACCCUGACACAGACACUCACUCCCUGACACAGACUCCUGACACUCACUCCCUGACACAGACACUCACACACAGACAGACACUCACUCCCUGACACAGACAGACACUCACUCCCUGACACAGACAGACACUCACUCCCUGACACAGACAGACACUCACUCCCUGACACAGACAGACACUCACUCCCUGACACAGACAGACACUCACUCCCUGACACAGACAGACACUCACUCCCUGACACAGACAGACACUCACUCCCUGACACAGACAGACACACAUUUACACAUUCUUGCACACACACACACAUCAUUGUAUUUUUCCCUGGGGUCCAGUGGGGAUCUGGAGAUCUCCUUCCUGCUCACUGCUCACUCACACGCGCAAUUUAGUGAUGCAGGGUGCCGGAAUAUUAUGUCAUUCCGACACCCGACAUCACUACAGAUGGCGCGCGUGGAGGAGCAGGAAGGCUGAGCUCUUCCAGCGACCUUUCCUCCUGGCCGGGUAAAUUUUGUAGAGAAAGCAGAUGCCUACUCUGCUUUAACACUAAGCAUGGACUUGCGGCUCGCAAAGAUUUCCAUUGUAGGCCGUAAGUUUGACAUGCUUGAUGUACAGAAUAUAUCCGUGUGCACAGGGUUUCGUACUGAGAAGCUGUACAUACAGGGUCCUUGCACAGUGACAACAUCAAGACACUGAAGUGUUUGUAGUGCUUGGAGUAAAGAAACACUCCACACACCUAAAGCCCUUCAGCUUGCUGAAGUGCUUUAUGUUUGAAACGUGUGUACUCUUGGAUAGAAAUUAACCUUGUUACACCUGCUGGCUGUCUCUCACACAACUGGCCCUCUUACUAGUUGGUUAGCUCAGUGGAACUAAAGUCAAGAGGCAGCAAUUGCCUAGAUCACCUGCUUUGCAAAGACUUAUCAUUGAGUUGCACUGGGAAGUCUGUGGUUGGACAGCCACAGAAAGUCUGGGCUUAGGAAGAAUAGGAGGGCUUGCAAAGGAAGCAGACAAGAGAAAUGCAGCCGUUUCAAGCUAUUUUUGGAUAUACCGCUAUUGAAAAAAUGCAUAAUUAAAUGCUCAUUUAGAGUAUGUCUACUAAACAGUGAUUUUGAAUUUAUUUUAUAUUUGGGCAAUGGAGCAUCCCUUUAAACAUUUUGGUCUGAUGCCCAAGAGGGUUUGUCUUUAGUGAAGUCCUAAAUUUUACACACACCAACUAUUUUCCAAUUCUGUUUUUUUCCAGUCUGCAGAUAAGCAGAGAGCCCUUGAAGAAACCAAAGCCUACACAACACAGUCCUUAGCCAGUGUGGCAUACUUGAUCAACACUUUAGCCAACAAUGUCCUUCAAAUGCUGGAUAUUCAGGCUUCACAGCUACGCAGAAUGGAGUCCUCGAUCAAUCAUAUAUCACAGGUGAGGAGGGUUGAGCAUCUUCGCUCAGUUUUACUUUAAGAAAAAAAAGCAUGGUGCAAAGAGUUUGCUCAGUCCAUUGACUAAAUUUAUAAAUUAACUGCAAAUAAUAAAACUAUACCCUCCUUCCCGUUGUCCCUGCGUGCCUUUUAUCAUAGCUGUCUUUAACGCAGGGCAAAAGGGGCAGCUACCCUGGGCUCAGUUAUUCCUGGGGGGCUCCUUGAGCCUGCAAAUGCCACCAGACAACGUUGUGGCCCGCGCGGAUCUAUUGGUGCGGGGCUACUCGGCAUGCGCUAAAGGUGCCAAUUGGAUGGCCUAUGCUCUUAGGGCCACCCAAUGGCAAUGUGUAUUCAGGGACCGGUAAGCGCUGCGGCCCUUUAACAGUGUGAUCAGGCCCCUGUUUGUCUAUUUGUGUAUUUAUCUAUUUAUAUGUGUGUCUGUGUAUUUAACUGUGUGUCUGUGUAUUCAUCUGAUUGUUUGUAUGUGUAUCUGUUUAUCUGCAUGUGUGUCAGGGUGUGCCUCUGUGUGUCAGUGUUUGAUGCUGUAUGAGCUUCAUUCGGUGUAUCUGCAUGUCUGUCCAUGUAUGUAUCUGUACAUGUGUUGUAUGUGUCUGUGUAAUUUGUCAGUGAGUAUAUCUGUAUGUGUGCCAGUGAGUGUAUCUGUGUAUUUGCAUGUGUGCCAGUGUAUUCACGCCCCCACACAAAGACGGUCACCCCGUUCACACUGCUACACUCACAUUAACUCCCCAAAUCCGGUCAUACUCAUGCCACACUCUCACCUCCGAUAGCUCUGCCACACUCACCCUAUCACAUUAAUUCCCAUAAUCCUGUCUCACUCCCCGUCGCUCUAUCACACUCACCCGAUCACAUUAACCCCUCCAAUUUUGUCAUACUCUCCCUCCCCAACUAUGCCACACUCACCAUGUCAUGCUCACCUCCCCUCACUCUUACACUUUCUCCUCUAACAAUGCUACACAGUGUCAGAUUAACCCCCAUAAUCGUAUCACACUUGCCUCCUCCAAGCCUGUCACACUGUCAUUUACCCCUCUGGCCCUGUCACAAUCACCUUGCUACAAUUACCUCUUUACCCACCCUGUCACAGUCACCCACUGAAGACAGCCAUCAAACACACACACACACAGUCAUGAAACAUAAUGGGAGGGCAGAGUCCAGGGGGCCCAAGCAAAUGCUUGCCGAUGGUUUAAUGAAUAUUAAAGGCGGCCCUGUGAUUUAUUAUUUGGAGACAAAACAUCUACUGUUCAACUGUAGAUUUCUUGUUCUACUAUUCACAAAAGUCAUGUUUCUUUAGUACUGGUAUAUGCCUGUGACGUCGUGCCUCACACUGUUUCUUCAACUCCUUCUCCCAUUUUUCUCCACAAUAGUAAUUAUCAGACCUUAUCUUUACAUUAUAUGAAAAAACAAUGGGUUCAUUGCACUCAACCUACCAUGUUUAAAUGGUGUGCUGCUGGGGGGGGCAAAUACAUUCAGUAAAAAAUGAGAAAUUGGUGCACUCUCUAUCUACUUUGGUGCUGCCAGAUUUUGUAAGUUUUAUUAAACUAUGGGGAUUUAGUUACAUUAUACGAUCAUACAUUGCAUAAGCCUGCCACAAUGUCAAUGUACCCUAUAUUUGGCAGGCCCUACUUUAACUGCCUAAUGUCUGCUAAAUGAGCUACUCACUUGGCAAAAUCCUCUUGAGUUCUCUGCAGUACAAGGCCAAAUAGGAUCCUGGGAUGAGGCACCUGUGACAGGGAGGGGUGCAGAACCAGGGAGCUGGCUAGACUCCUAUAUAUAUUAUAUGAAAAAACAAGGGGUUUAUUGCACUCAACCUAACAUGCUUAAAUGGGGUGCUUCUGGAGGGGGGGCAAAUACAUACAGUGAAAAAUGAGAAACCAGCGCACUCCCUAUCUACUAAACAGCUACUUUGGUGCCGCCAGAAGUUUUAUUAAAAACACCUAAUCUAAGCAAAAAACUAUGGGGAUUUAGUUACAUUAUAUGAUCAUACAUUGCAUAAGCCUGCCACAACAUCAAUGUAUCUUUACAUUGACUAUAUGCAGGAACUGAUAAUUGUACAAGUUUAUCAUCUUACUGAACUUGCACUUGUUUAUAUACUGACUUGCUUUAUAUCUCUAACUAGGAAGAAAACAAAAUGUAUUUGCUUUUAAAAUAAAAUAAUAUAUAUUGCUAGAGUAAGCCCUGAUAAAAAUAAAGCAAUGAAAAAAACGUGGCUUUUAAAAAUUCUGUGCGUGUGGAGCUGAAAUGAUUUUACACAUCUUUUGAACUGCAUGUUAACCUGCAUUAGACCAUUCGUUUGUUAGCAACUGCAGUUUUCAAAACCUUUCAAUAAAUCAAUAUUUUCUUCCUUGAAAAAUCAUGGAUAUUUCUAAGCAUUUAAAAUGUAUACUUUGAGUGCAGUAUAGAUAAAAUCUUAUUUUUUCCCUCCUCCUUUUGUUUUAUGAAUGCCCACUGUUUAUCUUGCAAAUGUUGUGAUUUGUAGACUGUGGACAUCCACAAAGAAAAAGUUGCUAGAAGAGAAAUUGGAAUUUUGACAACUAACAAGAACACAUCCAGAACACACAAAAUAAUUGCGCCAGCAAAUUUAGAACGUCCAGUGCGUUACAUUCGGAAACCGAUUGACUAUACAAUUCUUGAUGACACUGGGCAUGGAGUGAAGGUAAGUGGUAGUCCAGAAUGUGAUUAUUUGUAUUUUCAUUUUUUUUUUUUUUUUUGUGAUGAACAUAUUACAUUUGUUACAUAACUGUUUUCCAGCUAGUUAGUGGUAGAUGCUUAAAGCGGUACUGCUGUAUUCAUAAUGGUAGAGGUUUUUAUGGAAAAAAAAAAUUAUAAACUCUUUUGGAACUUUGGUGCAGUUAAAAAAAAGGCUAGUUUGUGAGAUUUUUGCAAGAUGUUACAUAGGAGUUUGUGCUGGCUGUACUCAUUAGCUGUCCAUUACGACAAAAUGCAACCGAUGCCCAUACAAGAACAUUUCUGGAAGAUCCCUUGAUCUAAUUAGUACAAUUUUUUUUUUUAUGUGGAAGAAUGCUAAUGAUGCAGCAAUUGGCGGAAGAGCUACAUCACCAUUCCCAACCCUUACUGAAAUAUUUUCAAAUCCAAAUAGAACUAUUGUGAUCUUCAGACUUCAAAACUCUUUGGAACCCCUAGCAGCUGUUUAGGUCACUAUAAUAGGUUCAUUGUAGGUUGGUUUGCAGAUCUGAAAUUGAGACUUUGGUUCGCUAUAAAAACAUCAAGAUUUGGCUAGAGUUCCUAGGUAGAUGCCUGAGUGUGUAUAAGUGCUCCCUCAGAACAUCAUGGUGUGACAAUGUUAUCUGCUCUGGGAUGUGCAUUGAAGGGAAGUACAGAAUAGUUUUUACUUACCUCAGCCGCACUGCUUAACCCCAUUAAAUGAUUCAGUAAUGUUUUAUGUGGUAGGUAAUUGAGAAACUGUGACUUCUGUUUUAUCUCUCUACAUGGCCUUUAUGAAUGUAUUUAUUAUAGGGACACUGUUUUAAUUAAAGAUUUACAUGAUGAUCAGUCUUCCUUUGCUGAGCAUUAUUACUUACUUGCAUGGGAAUUAGUAUUUCUCAAUCUUAGGGAGGGGGCAUUGGCAAAGUUAACAGUCACAAGUAACCGUUAACUUAUGGAAACUUUGAAAUGUUUGAGGUUUCAGAGACAUAGUUUAUCAAUGCGGAGAAAUCUUAUGUGUUUCAUCAGGUGUAACAUAUCAUCUUGAAUCUCUCUACCAAUUCAAAUUUAAUUCAAUUAACUACUGAUAAAUUUUCCCAGUGCAGUUUUGAUUGAAGUCCAUCAGUUUGUGCUUUGGACCAUGAUUUAGCUUUGUACAUGAUAUGCUUACAGCAAAAUGUCUUAUUGUUCUCUUAUAAUUUCUUGACAGUAACUAAUCUUUUAAUAUACGUUCUCUAACCUUUUUCUUUUAUUUCAUUUAUGCAUUAAGUGGUUGCUUAGAUUCAAGGUAAGACUUCCAAGGGCUAUGUUUUCUUCUAUUUCUGUUACACAAGGCAUGUCACGGAUAGAUAUAUAUGCAAAAAUGGGUCACUGUCCCCACUCUGUCUCUUCGUAAAGGAUAAUGCACUUUCAACAGCUAGUCAUACGGCAAUGUUUUUCUCUAAUUAUAUAGUCUUUCUUUAACAGGAUGUGAUAAUCACAAGGUAUGGUUUAAUCUAACCAUGUGUAAUCACACACACACAUUAUAUAUAUAUAUAUAUAUAUAUACCGUGUAUAUGUAAAAAAACAGAUAAAAUUAUUUUUUUAUUGGACUAACAGAAUUUUGUAAUGACAAGUGUUCGGGACAGCCUCCCUCCCCCAAUCUCUCUGUCCUGAUGAAAGCUCCGUGUUGAAGCUGAAACGCUGAUAUUUUAUAUGGAAUAAAUAAAAGCUAAAUUUUACUACUUCAAAGUCCCAGGAGUGCGAUUGUGAAGGUGAAAUAUUUUUGUAAUUCCUGUUCACCGAAAGCUGGUAAAAAUUAUUUAAUGCGCACUUACCCUGAGAACUUAAUGCUUUUCUUGCCUCACAUUUGAAAGUAUCUGCUGUAUCCAAACCUCUUAAAUUGCAGAAUUUGCAAAAACCCCUGGUGAUGACAUCACUGUUAAGGGAUCCAGGGGGUGGGGGGCAAAGGUUGGGGGUAAAGGUCUAUGGUGGAUCCAACGAAACUGCAGAAUCCUCCAUAGAUAAAGCCAAUACCCUGCAGUCGUUACUCGUGAUGGUUGGAGUGGAUUUACACUUCUAUACAGUGGUAGCUCCGCCCAGUGUCUAGAAGUGUCAGGUGUAGAAAAUAUACAGAGAUAAAGUAGUCCAUACUAUACGUGUGUGUCUCUUGACUGGGUUAAAAUUUCUGUGAAAUUCCAACACCGUCAAUAUGACUAUUUCAUAAGGAUUCUAUCUAUGAAAUACCAAUUUAUUUUUAGAGGGGUGUCUCUUUAAUGAGAAAGAAAGAUUGAUUUUAGUGUAAUGAAAGGUAGAUUUCCCUAUUGUAUAUUAUACAACAAAAAGUAUGCACAACGUGGAAGUGAAUGUAAUGCACUAGCUCGAAAAACACCUGUAAAGUGGUAUCCCCUACACCACUUAAAACAUAGAAUUAUACAUACAUAAAACAAGUGGAGCUUUUAAACAUCAGCAGGCUUUCUGUGAAAAUAAAAUACAAACAGAAAAUAGUGCAAUAUGUCUGUAACACACUAUAUUGAAAAUAGAUUGGAAGAUAUGUCAAACUCACAAGCCUGGAGUCAUACCCUCAUAUGACUCUGGUGGUAUAAGCUUCUGGACCAUUUGGGGGUUGUCCAGACCCUUCUUUGGCAGCGUGUUAAAUGUUGAUUGGUUCCUUUUGUGCCCUUCCAACUUGUUUCAAAAUAGGGAUAAAUACCCAGUGUGUCAGGGUUCUUUAAAAAACAAUUUAUUCCAAAAAAUUGUACAAACAAGAUAUAUAUAGUAAAAAAGAAUACUUAUCCCAGGUAGUACUGGGUAGACUUAAUAGUCCCAAGUUCAAAGUGAUAGUCCAAAUCGCGUUUCGCCUUUUCAUAAGGCUUCCUCAGUUGGCUGUUCUAUUUUCCGUCUGUUCUAGUGGCUUUUUAAAUGCCUCGUUUGCCGGUUUCACUAGUUCCGUCUUUUACUUCCGGGUUUCGUCACUUCCGGUUUGCGUCUUUUUGGAACGCACCGUGCGUUCCAACAUCAGUUUCGUCAUCGGACUUCCUUGUGUGUAUAAUUCAACAAGCUUUAUUGGCAUAAGGAAGUGUCCCAUGCAUGCGAAAUGAUUACAUAGGGACCACUAAGCAGAAAAGUGUGCAUGUCUGCAUAAAGUUCGUGCCGUGUGGGCUCAUACAUAUAAUAUAAUAAUAAAAGUGAAUGGUAAAAGGUGAUACUUAAUAUUAUACAGUAAGUGAACAAGCUGGAUAGACUAAAAGCUAAAUACAUAAAAAAAAGGGGAGGUAAAAACAUAAUGGAUACUAAAAUCCACAUAAAAGAAGAGUAUACUAAAAAUGCAUAUUAAUUCAUAAAGUGGCAUAAUUCAAAAUCUUUGUUUAAUCCAUACGGUAUCAUGGUAUUAAAAUUAAAAAUAAAUUUCAUUUCUUCCUUCCCUAUCUUCCUAAUAUAGUCCCCUCCUCUCCAAUCUUUUGCUACUUGUUUAAUUGCACUAAAAAACAUUCCUCCAGGGUUUUUUUGGUGUGCAAGUCUGAAGUGAUUGGAGACACUGUGUGACUCCACUCCAUUUUUGAUGUUUCUUAUAUGUUCCGCCACUCUAAUGUUAAGGCUUCGAAUUGUGCGACCUAUGUAAAGGAGGUUGCAGGGACAUUUUAGAACGUAAAUUACUCCUUUGGAGUGGCAGGUAAGGUGAUCUUUUAUGCAGACAUGCACACUUUUCUGCUUAGUGGUCCCUAUGUAAUCAUUUCGCAUGCAUGGGACACUUCCUUAUGCCAAUAAAGCUUGUUGAAUUAUACACACAAGGAAGUCCGAUGACGAAACUGAUGUUGGAACGCACGGUGCGUUCCAAAAAGACGCAAACCGGAAGUGACGAAACCCGGAAGUAAAAGACGGAAUUAGUGAAACCGGCAAACGAGGCAUUUAAAAAGCCACUAGAACAGACGGAAAAUAGAACAGCCAACUGAGGAAGCCUUAUGAAAAGGCGAAACGCGUUUUGGACUAUCACUUUGAACUUGGGACUAUUAAGUCUACCCAGUACUACCUGGGAUAAGUAUUCUUUUUUACUAUAUAUAUCUUGUUUGUACAAUUUUUUGGAAUAAAUAGUUUUUUAAAGAACCCUGACACACUGGGUAUUUAUCCCUAUUUUGAAACAAGUUGGAAGGGCACAAAAGGAACCAAUCAACAUUUAACACGCUGCCAAAGAAGGGUCUGGACAACCCCCAAAUGGUCCAGAAGCUUAUACCACCAGAGUCAUAUGAGGGUAUGACUCCAGGCUUGUGAGUUUGACAUAUCUUCCAAUCUAUUUUCGAUAUAGUGUGUUACAGACAUAUUGCACUAUUUUCUGUUUGUAUUUUAUUUUCACAGAAAGCCUGCUGAUGUUUAAAAGCUCCACUUGUUUUAUGUAUGUAUAAUCCUAUUGUAUAUUAACCUACAGGCAGCGAGAGGUAUUUAUAGGAAGUGAAUAAACAAGAUAGUGUAUGUAUGUUUAAAAAUGAUUUAGCAGCAGCAGUCACUGUUAAUAUUAAAUAAACAAGAUAUACUCUCUCUCUGGAGCCGUAAUGAGUAGCCUUAUACUAAUUAGCAUUUGGCCAGUAUCUAUUAAAGUUCAUGAGGGUUAAUCAUGCUCUAUAAAAUGUAUAUUACUAUUGCACUCCUUCAUAGAUAACACAACCGUUGGUCUUUUUAAAUUUGAGUUACUAUUUGUUUCAUUUGAUGUGCAAAAGAAAGAAUUUGACAUUAUUUUUUGGAGGGGGGUAGUGUAUUUUCCAAAUUGGUUCAGUAUGCUGUAUAUAGAUAUGCCAUACGGCAGCUAUAAAGAAUAACUGCAAAAGGUAAUUUUGUGUCUUUGGAGGUAAGAAACCCAAGUUGGCUAGGAAUAGGUUUGCUUGCUAAAAGCUGCCAUCCGUUCACCAUAUAACCACAGACUCAUUAUAAAGUGCAGAUUGUAGGUUUUUGCCUGUCUGUCUAGACCUAAUAUGGUUGGGUAUAUUAAAAUAGAAUGCAUGGGAAUUAGAAGAAUCUGUAAUUAAAGUAAAAACUGCAAUGUGUACUACUAUGAGCGUGCAUGUCUACCCAAGGGCUGAGUUAUAAAGCUAAUUGGAAAGAAAUUGCUGUUUUCGGUCAUCAUAUAGCCAGUGGUUUUUUUUAAAAUCUUUUUAAACUGAAUAGAUCACUGAGCCUUGCAUCUGAGGGACUGAGUUGCUAGCGCCUUACAAUUUGUUCAUUAAUAAUCUCAGGUGGAGGGACGGGAGAGGGAUGUAUUUGAUGUGUUAAAACAUGUGCUAAGUUUUCAUUAAUUGCUGGGUGUUCAUAUUUUAAUCCCUUCCUCUCCCCAGUACUAGUUAGGAAUGUAACUCCUAUAGUUACGGAGGCGCUGAGAUAUAUCGGGGGUGUACAAAUGUGCAGUAGAAAUUGAACAACUCCUUAAAUAGCACUUGGUAGAACCAACAGCCAAGGUAAAGCAAUUUCAAAAAAACAAUUGUCCCUAGUGGCAUCUUCUACCAUAACCGUAAGCUUUAACUAUGCAGACGCAACGUUGGGAACUGUAAAUUAGCGCUUUUCAGUGCAGCACCCAAGAGUGUACCGAAAUCAAACACGUACAAGUACACAAAUCCUUUUAAAAUUAAUUUGUUUGCUUUAAAAUUCUAAAUAGAACUUGAGGGAGAUUGCCUUGAAUCCCCUGGAAAAGCAAAAGAAGAUUAAAGAAGAGAUGAUUGCAAAUGGCCCUUCCAUUAAAAGGCAGUCAAAUGUGUGUUCCACAUACCUAUAAUUAAUUGGGGGAAACCAAAUGCCCCCAUCCCUUGUAUCCUUCCCUGGUACAUUGGGCAGAAUCUGAAAACGUAUAGGUUUCAAUGAGUAGCCCCUCCUUCCCUUGAAAUUCUGGUGCGAUUGAGUUAAAAUAGUUUUCAAAGGAUGCCCUGUAGGUAAGCAAUAAAUCCAUCAGAAGUGCUCUCAUUCCUUGCUGAUUUCUAUGAACUUGGUUCCUGGCUUCAUUUAUCGUUUUCACAAUAAAUGCACAUCUCUGUUUAUUGAAAUCUAUUUCAUUUUGUAAUUAUCAUGUACAUUCCUUCUCAUUUUACAUUAUUUAUCAUGACCUGCCAAAUAUAAAUCAACUUGGUAUUCUGGUCUUGCUAUUAUUAUUUUUUUAAUCAAACAUUUAAAUUUCAAAACAUUGAUUGUUACGCUCUUAGUAUGAAAAUGACUUUGGGUUUACCAGGUUCUGUGCCAGUUGUACAAUUCUGUCAACAUAAACUGUUUCAAAUAAAUGUGAACGUGGAGUUUUUAUGCUGAUGAAAUAUAACCAAAAUUAAUUGUGUUAUGGGUUGAAUAGCUUACAUUGAUGGUCCGUUAUCUGAAGAUGUACAGAAUCUCUGAAAUGUUACUUGUUUUUUUUAUAUGCAUGAUUGUCUGCCUUUUCUUUUCCAGUAAUAGCCUGUGACAUUGAGCUGUUUUUGAAGGUUUAUUUGCUAAUCAGUGAAUUGUAGUCACAGUUGAGCUAUAAUUUUGACAUUCUGCGUUCGAUUCACUGCAGUUUACUUUUUAGUGAAUAGGCCCCUUAGUGUUCAAAAAAAAUUAAAAAAUAUUUUGACAUUUCCAAGUAGACUUUUGCUCCAUGUUACCAUUUCCCUCAAUCCAGGUCAGUACACAGAACAUGAAGAUGGGGGGCCUGCCACGUACCACACCACCUACACAGAAACCACCAAGCCCACCAAUGACUGGCAAAGGAACACUUGGGUGAGUUUUACAGUGCAAAAGAAACGUGAGAUCUUUAACACCACAAUCUGAACACCUAUCAAAUAGUCUGAAUGCGUGCGCGUAAGGCUAAUGCCAGAGACAUACUAUGUGGUUUUUCUUUAACUACACCAGUGGUUUUCAACCUGUUGGCUGAUUUAAAAAAAAAAAAAAAAUGUUUUGCUUUGAAGUAUUUUUCUCUCCUUAAAUAGAUCUUGUGAAACAAUAUGGAAAAAAUAACACUUUAAUUGAAACUGCCAUCUCUUUUAAGCAGUAUGCUACUGAUUCUCAGGCUAAAUUUUUUUUAUCUUUUAAAUAGAUUUCGAAAAAGGUUUGAAAGCCACUGUCUUUUAUGUUUAUAGAAUUAUCUGUGUACUAAGACAUGUUUCACUUGCAUGACUGUUUUUAUUUUAGCCAUUCACUGUUCUGUGUGUAAAAGCUGAGAUGAAAGUAUCUGCUUGUCUCUUUUUCUUUAAAUGAAUCAACAGUUUGCUAUUAUCUUACCCAAGAACGGAUUGAGCAUUGCAGAACAGUCACUUUGUUUCUCCAUAAAGCCCCCAAGUGUCCAUCUCCAUUCUGUGUCCUCGUAAAGAAUGCCAUUAAUGUUCUUAAAACAAUAUUUAUCAUUGCUUAAUAACUAUAAGUGAUGUAGCUUUUAGUUUAUUUGUAACAAAAGCAGCUUAUCGUCUAUGGAAAUGUGUUUUACCAACAAGUAAUCAAAAGCCAGUGAAUAGUAAAUACAUUCAUGUUUCGUAGCAGAACGACAAUUGGACAUUGGUAAAGCGUGAGGAAUUAAACCUGAAAGCCUAAGACAUUAUAGAAAAAAAAAAUCCCUCAUCUCCUUCUUAGCUGCCAUAAAGUACUGAUGAACUGUGCAUCGUAUUUCAUAAAAGUAUUAUUAUUCUAACGUUAAGAAAAGUUCUGUUAGAGAUGGCUAAUGUUUGACAUGGUAGCUGUUGUAUGACGGCUCUCAAGGUGGCUUAGUCAUACUUGCAUAGUAAAAGUGUUAAUAUGAGCUGUCCAUCACUCGUAUGUUAUUUAGAAUGUACAUCUCUUCAGAUAUUUGCAGAUACUUUCUUCUCAUUGCUUUUUGUUUCUAAACAUCCAAACAUAACGGUUGCCUGAGUUCUCAACCUAUGCUCUGAGAGCUGUUUAGCAGUGAAGGGGUUGAAAUAUUUCAAACAGUAAAUGGUUCCUGUAAUGUCUUUUUUUUCCAUUGGGGUUUCCAGCAUACUAAAACAGAUGCUAAAAUAAUGCAAAUUAAAUCCAGCACUAAAGGAAAACACUGGGUUUUACGUCUUCAGGAAGAUUUUGACCUAAAGUCCCAGGUUUUGGGCUUUCACUUGGAAGUUCAUUUUUCUUUUAUUUUCUUUUGUUUUUUUUCCUUUUAUUUUUCUUCUUGAAGGCGACACUCACCCUAUCGCACACUGGAGCCUGUGCGCCCCCCUGUGGUACCCAAUGACUAUGUACCCAGCCCCACACGUAACACGGCUCCCUCACAGCAACAGAGCCCUGUUAGAACAGCUUCAGUCAACCAGAGGAACCGCACAUACAGGUAUAUCUUUUGGCAUAUAUGCCAAACUGUGAUUUACAUAAUCCUGUAAUAGAGACAAAAUAAGACAUUUUAAAACUGGCAGGAGUGCAUUAUCAAAACCAUUGACAUUUUAAUUCAAAGUGCAAUUAAACAAUCUACAUAUAAUGCAAGAUUAUCAGUUUGACCAAAAAAACCUCUCCCCUAUGAAAUAUGUAUUCAAAAUUUAAAAAAAGUUUAAAUAGAAUAUGUUCCUUUGUAACAUAUACUAAGCAACUAGAAUUAAUCUAUUAUUGUAGUUAGACAACAUGCGCAAAGGUUCAAUUGGGUUAUUACCAAGUUAAUUUAAUUGCUUAGCCACAUUUUGGCCUAGCCACCGGUUGCCUUGCUUUUUUCGAAUUUAUUUUUUUAAUAAAAUGGGCUUAACUGGUAUAAGCAUUUUUUUGUUCAAAAACUCCUUCACUACUACAGAGCAUCAGGAAUUAAAGGCCACUGCCUGUGCUUAUGUGGCGUUUAUUGUGGCUUUAUUUUAAGUUUCUUUUGUAUGAAAUCUCUUCAAGAUUUUUACCUUUGUCGAAAAGAAAAACCUAAGUGCUUUAGUCUGACUUGUUUUUGAACUGGUCUUUGUCUAUGAUUAUUGAGCAUGUAGUUUUGGUAUGUUGUGUAUACUGUUGAGUUCCUUGUUCGUUUUGUUUGUUUGCUGUUUGACAGGCAGUCAGCAUGUUGAUCAAAAGUGAAACAAGUUCCUAUUAUUGAUCUACAGUAUUAGCAUAAAAGAGGUUGUCAAGAUAUGCGUAAAUAUAUUUCAGUUUUGUUUUGCUUUCUUCAAACUCUUUAUGUUGAUGCAUAUCGCACUGCCAGGUGCUAUAUUGGAAUGCAGUUGUGAUUUCAAUAGUACAUUGAUCUAAUAAAGUUGGCACACAUUUAUUUUCCUUGCAUUGUGAUGGCAUUUUGUAGUACAUAAUCUCAGACCAGAAUGAGAUAUUAGUACAAAUUUGUGGCAGGAUGCAUUGUGUCACUGUUUAAGGUACAAAUUACAUAGUUCCAUUGAUCACCAAAACUCUGUUUGCACUAGUGUAUGAUUGUGGGGACAAGAGAGAAAAAUUAAGGGAUCAAAGUGACCGCCGUACUAGUUACCCUUAUUUGGAUAGUCCCAUCAUAUCCCGCAGCGCUGUAAAAUUGUUAAAACAAGACAAACGAUUCUAACAAAACAUGUUUAAUGUAAGGUAACAGUGGGUGAAGAUGGCCUUGCCCAAACAAGCUUACCAUCUAGAAGACUUCAAAUUAAACCUUUCCAAUUUGCUUUUGGGUUCUCUUUAAUCUUUACUAGUGCUCAAAAUUAUGAUUUAAAAAGCAAUAUUCCUCUCGUUCAGUUACUUAUUCCAUGCAUGAGAAGUAGUCAGUAGGUUAUUGUUCUGCAAUCUCCUAUAGAAAUCUGCAUUCAGAAAUGUUCUCCCCAUAAUCUGCAAGGGUUUAUGAUGCCCUAAUAAUAUGGCCAGAGGUGGAGUUACACCUACGGCAGCAGAUGGGUUAACUCUGUAUAUGCAACAAAAUGCUACACAUGCAGAUUCCGGGCACCUUGACCACUUCAAAACACUGAAUUGGACAGGGUGCUUUAUUUAAUAAGUGUUUAUUUUUGCACUCAGAGAUAAAAAUGAAUAGAAGCCAAAGGAAAGUCGUCAUAGGUCCUCUAGAUGAAAAUAUUGGUGGGCUCAGUGCUGCGUCUACAGCAAUUUAAGGCACAUAUUUCUCUAAAAAGGUCUUUCUAACAUGGAGAAAUCAAAAAAACUGUCUGCCCGUAGCUUUUAUUCAUAAAGGUCACUUAUUUACUGUCUAGAUCAGUGGUUUCCAAACCAGUCCUCAAGGCACGCCUAUCAGUCCAGGAUUUAGGGAUUACCCAUUUGUGUCUAAGGUGUUUUUAGAAGAAGACAAAAAAACACCUUGACACAAUUGGGUAAUCCUUAAAUCCUGUACUGGUUUGGAGUGGUCUAGAUAUUCUGCUCUCCCCGUACCUGUUGCUUAAAAAGGAAACAAAAAUUACACGAAUCAGCAAAUAAUCAUAACCUGCCUGUGUUGUUAACACGUACAGCUGAGAAAAUUAAUUUCUCAAUGAUGUCAUAUAAAAGGAUUACCUAUAGGAAGUGACAUUCUGUACAAUGAGCAAUAGAAGCACUUCAAAUGCAGGUACAUGAAAAUGUCCUACAUUAUUCAGAAACUACUAAAGAAAAAUCAGUCAAAAAGGAAAGGAGAGUGUAUACUUUGCAAAGACCCCUGAAAGUGACAUGUCCGGUGAGGGUCUGGUGGCCACAGGAUGCAGGAAAAGGUAAUUGUACCUGCUUGAAGCUUGAAGCUGCUGCCAUCUUUGUUCUGCGCAUCCUCUUCCACUCAUGGAACUUAAUCUGCCAGGUGUCAGUGCUGUACUUAACGUGCAUGCGUGAGAGUGCAACACUGAGAUUUAGGGAGGAGAUUGCUGGAGUUUCCACUGAUUGAUUUCUAUGGCUGCAGGUGUCGGAUAAAGGUUGGUGGUGAAGCUACGUCUUUUGUCAACCUCAGAUUUACCAUGAGACAAAGCAGGGCCCUACUUUGUGGUUUGGAUUGCAUUGGAUGCUGGAAGGAUCAAUAUUUCUUAAAGAUUAUAUCUUUGUGAAAUAUUGAAAAGUGACAGCGCAGCUUUAAGCUUUGUAGCUGUGUGUAUGCUGCCUAUUAAUACCAUAAAGAAAAUGGAACCCCAGUUGGAAAUGGGAUUAUUUGUGUUCUGUAAAUUUAAGUAGCACCAAUUCACAAAAAAUGGCUAUUUUGCUAUCAUGCAUCCAAUAUCAAGGCAUAUUAACCAAAUUGAAGUAUUUUAAUAUUUGAGGAUAUUUUAAACACUCUCUGUGUUUUAUUUAAUGAGAUUGCAAACUUACAUCCUUAAAUAUUCAACCACAGAGAAGCAGCCCCUUUCUAAAAACGGUAAUUUGCCUAUAAUCAUUCUUCUACCCCAGAGAAAAAGGGCUCCUCCAACCUCUUUUGAAUCUUAAUGUUUUGUAAUUUUAUAAUUCCCUAUUUGGCAUUAGUGACUUGUCCACCCCCCCCCUUUACUAAUUUAAGAACUUAAAAUAAUAAACUUACCAAUAACUAGUUAUUGGCAGAGGUUCUUCCAUGCCCCAUCCCGACAUCAUGCCUCAUUACGCCUCUCUCCAUUGUGCAGUCAAAUGCUUCUCCUAGAGAUCGCCAGGCUCAGAGUGCAUGCGCGCAUAGGAGCUCAUUACAUCAGUUACCAGUGCUCUGACAACAGAUGGAAAUUCUGUACGUAUUUAACAUUAGAACUCCCAAAGUUACGUGUGCCAGGGGUGUAACUUGCCCCUGGCACAAAUGUGUAAAUAUCUCUAUAUGUGCAGUGUUUCACGCAGAAAUGCUGCACACACAUAUUGUUACCACCAUGACCACUUCUAAAUGCAGAAGAAGUCAUGAUGGUUGGAGUCACCCUUUAAACUUUUGGUUUUUGUUUAAUCAAAUAUGAAGUGGAAGCCAGUUUGUGGCAUAAAUAGCUUGAAAGAACUUCAUUCAAUGUUAUCCUUUAAACCUCUGUUAUUCCAUGUAAAUUCUAGAGUUAUUCACUAAGGUGAAUGCAAAAGGAAUUUCACAAUUCAAUUUGAAAAUAGUUGAACUGGGAACAUCCUCUAAUUUAGUUAGGCUUUGUUUGGCUGCUCUGGCCUUCGAUUUGAAAUUUACUUUGUAUUCUUACUUUAGUGAAGAGCCCCGUUAGUUGACGUUUUAAUCACUUAAUCAAGAUUUAGAUUUUAUUUGCAUGUGAUAAGAUCCCAGAUAUUAACAGGGUUAUUCAUCACAGUAAGAAUUAUUGGCCAUUAUAUAGCCAUGUCAGCUAUUUUGACCUUAAAUUAAAAAUUCACUUUGAAUUCCCAGCAACGCUCAGUUCAGUGAAUAACCCUGGAAAUCUGCAUGACACAAUUUGCAUUAGCUUUGCUUCGUACAUAGAGUAUAUUGAGUUGCAAAUGGCAGUUCUCAGGGCUCUCUCUAAGAUGCUCAUAGUUUUCAUUUGUUAUCCAAUAGAAGCCUGCUUGAUCAUUGUUCCUCAAAUGAUCUUCAGCUGGUUUUCCUGCCCAGUAGUAUUAGUAGUAUUUUUUGGCAUUAGAACCCAGAUUCUACUGCAAGCUAAAAGUGACCUUAGCAGGUCAUAUUCAAACUGAUGAAUGAGUGAAGCUUCAGAACCGCAAUUUGGAGAAAGUAUUCUUGAGUUAUAAAGUUGUUUAGGUAAUCUAGUUAAAGGGACACUGUAGUCACUAUAACCACUUUGUCUCUUUGAAUUGGUUAUAGUGCCUGGAGUGCCCUGGCACUGUCCCUCCAUUCAGUGUUGCACCAUGUUUGUGCAGUAUGCCACAAAAUAAGAGUCCCUGGCCACCCACAGUCCGGCCCCUUCUGUAUGUGUAGCUAAGGCAGAGAUUACACACUUCCUUGUUGUCAUACCCAUUCAUACCGUCAGUUGGAACUCUGACAGGUUAAAAGCAGUCAGCUGACACUCUCGGCCAAUCACUGCUGCCCAUUGCUGCUCAGGGUAAUACUUCCUUAUUAGCCAAAGCAGUACAGAUGGGAUGGACUGCCGUGGUCUCUUGUUUAGCAUUAAAACAAUACAACAUUAAAAACUGUUUAAUGAUGAAAGAAAUGAUGGCACCAGGGGACUCCAUACACUAUAACUAGCUUAAUGAGAUGAAGCAGAUACAGUGCCUACGGUGUCCCUUUAAAGGGACACUGUAGGCACCCAGACCACUUGAGCUAAUUGAAGUAGUCUGGGUGCUGUGACCCUUUUGCACGGAGUGCUGUAAUGUAAAACAGUGCAGUUCCAGAGAACUGCAAUGUUUACAUUGCAGCUCUAAGUCUGCCCUCUGUGGCUGUCUACCAGACAGCCACUGGUAGCGCUUCCGGAAUCGAAAUGGACUUUUGGUCUGUUAUCUGACACUGGACGUCCUCAUGGACUUUCAGCGUCAGAUUUUCCCCAUAGGAAAGCAUAGAAUAAUGCUUUCCUAUGGGGAGGUCUAAUGUGUGCACAGCCAUUGGCGCGCAUGCGCAUUAGGUCUCCCCCGUUGGCUGAUGUCGGAGUGGGAGGAGCGUGGGCGGAGACUGACCCAGCGCUGAGGGACAUUGGUGCUGGAUUUAGGUAAGUGGCUAAAGGGGUUUUAACCCCCUCAGCCCUGCGGGAGGGGGGUUGGGCGCAAGGAAGGGGGGACCUAUUAACCCUAUAGUGCCAGGAAAACUACUUUGUUUUCCUGACACUAUAGGAUCCCUUUAAAUGUGUGCCUUGUAAAUUUAUAUAAUUCUCCCAAGUUCUCAUGAGCUCAUGUAUGACAUAUACUUUCACUUUUUCAGAAAGUAAUCACAGAAAAUAUGAAGAAUGUCAUACCCCUUUUGUAAGAUAGGAGCUCCUGAAGAACAAAGUAAAAUUUGUGUUUUCCAGUAUUAUUAGAUGUUUGCAGUGGAGCAAACGAAAUUUGUAUUGAAGACACUCAACAAGUGCCAGUCUUUAAUAGAGGUAGACUGAUCACAUUUGUCAGUGUAGUGUUGUUGCUUGACCAGAAACCAUCAAAUCCACGGGUAUUGUAGGGACUUGAGACAUUCAAGAAGCUAUUGCCACACCUCCAGAAAGAGUUACAGAGGGCUCAGAGUACUAGUUAACUGGUAAACUGUGACAGGAUCUCGAAGACUUGCUCUAAUUGCAGACUUGCUGUAUUGCAAUUAAUAGGUUGUUUUUUUUAAUGGUUGUGAUAUUAUGAGCAUUAUAAACCCUAUAAUUAAUUGGUUAAAAGACCCACCUACUGGAAUACUCCACCUUCAAAAUGGCUAAUCACUGUACAAUCUGUAAGCUCAGACCCAAAUGUUAUAUAGCAAUUUAUAAUGUACUUUAUUUGUAGUAUUUUGUUGCUGUGCUGAUGACAUUUGAAUAAAGCCUUAUAAACUCAUACAAAUUUGGAAUUAACAUUAAAGCUACAAAUAUGAUCGCUAUUUGAGUAUCAAUUAGCUAAUAAAUGCUAUUACUAAUGCAUCAAGUAAUUAUUUUGGUGCCCUGUUAGUGUGAAGUUUAUCUGAUCUAGAUUAAGAUGGGUUGGUAGAGCUGUACUUAAUCCGCUGGCUAAUAUCUUAGUUUAGAGUUUUUUACUACUUGGUUUUGGAAAAACCACUGCAGUUCAGCAAGUUUUCAAGAUGUCAUUGUGCAAUCUUUUUUUUUUUUUUUGGGGAGGGGAACAUAUUUAAUAUUUCCUUAGUUUUUACCUUAUAAAACAUGUCACAAAGACUGAGAAAGGCAGAAAUUCCAGAGAGGAGUCAGGUGUACAUUGGGCAAUGCAUUAUUUGUUCUGCAUGAGUGAAAUUCUGGAUUUUUGAAAACAUAUAAAUAGGUGCUGCAUCCACAUUUUCUCUUAUCAUUGAUUAAUGAUAAAGACUGGAGUAUGUAAUAUAUGGUUCCUCUAUAAAAUUAAGUAUGUUUCUUGCAAAAAAUGGAUUCAGUGUGUCCAGGGUUGAGAUAUAUGUAAGGAAGGGUUACGUGCACAAGGUUUGGUUGUAGAUUAAACACAUAUGGCCACAGUUUGUUCAUAAUGAGGAAUGCCUAUGAAUUCAUUGCUUUGAGGAAAUAUUUAGCAACUAAGGUUGCAAUCAUUGCUACUUCUACACCAAGGUAGAGUAACUGCUUUUAGAGCAGGCUUGUGCAGCAUCGAAUUUGCAAGAGUGAUAAAUAACAGCUAUGUAGGAUUAAUAAACAAAUUGGAAACAUUUAUCAGGUUAUUUUGUGAGUUAGCUUUUUUUUUUUUUUGCCUGAUGUGUUUCCUAAAAAUGUUUUUAAAAAAUUCCUUUUGCUCAAUAGAUUGGUUACAUUACACUGUAAGAGGUGGCAUGAUAUGCAUUCGUCAUGGAUAUUUCCCCCCCUCUAUAUAUGUGUAAGAAACAAAGUUUGAAAACCCUGCUAGCAUAUCUGUCUUCUAAAUCUUAAAAGGACACUAUAGUUACCUGAAUAACUACAGCCUAUUGUCUUUGUUCUGGUGAGUAUAAUCAUGCAGAAAAUGCAGUGUUUACAUUACAGCCUAGGGAUACCUCCAGUGGCCACUUCUCAGAUGGCUACUAUAGGUGCUUCCUGGGGCAGUGCUGCAAACUGUGCAGCACUGACAUUCAGUGUCUCCACCCUCUGCAUGGAAACAGUGAACUUUCUUCAUGGUUGAGCCAGCAGCAACAGACUGUAAUAUAGGGAAGACUUUACUAUAUUUAGGGGGUAAGGAGGAGCAGGGGGGCUAGAUAGUGUUUUUUAACACUAUAGGGUCAGGACUACAUAGAAAGCAUAUUUGCUUAAAUAGUAGCCCCACUCCCUUUUAGUAGACUAAAAGACGGUUUAGAGUCCAGUUUUGCCUUUAACCUGGUAAAGCAUCUCGCAAGAAGCAAUAGAAAAAUGUAUACCUUCAUUCUUCUGUUUAAAAGUUGUGCAAAGCUUGGGGGGGUGGGGGAGGAGGGAACUGACGACUAACCUGCACGGACGCCAUCUUCCACAGCUCCCGGUCCGCCGCCCGUAAUCUUGCAAAUAUCUGCCGACAGAGGGGCCAUCUGCCGAAACAAAGCACACACCCUGACCCACAGUAACUGGCGAACAGGUCAAUGCCCUUCUUUCAAGCAGCCAAGCAACCUAGGCAGCGGCGCAAAACCGCAGCCUACCAUGCGACACCAAUCCUCAAUCUAGAGGCACUUUUCAGCAUACAAGGGGAUAGCUGUGACCACCAGGCAUACCAGCCAGCACCCAAGGUAGGGACAUUGGGGAAAUGCUGAUCGGACUGGGGCUGGCCACACCAAAACAAACGGAUCCCCCACCAAACAUGGCCCCGCCCUAGAAACAGAGGGAAGGGGGACCCAAACAUACUGAACCCUCAGGAGGGUCCAGCCAUACCCCCUGUCUCACCAGAGGAUUCAGCCCCCACCACCAAAGGGGACUUAAAGGUGCUCUUGGCAGACAUCCAAAAACUUUUGGCCGCUGACUUUGCCCUGAUUAAAAGGGACAUGCAACAGAUCACAGACAGUCACUAACACAGAAUUGGACAUAACACAAGUCCACCAUACCAUAACCACCUUGCAAGACUCGGUCCAGCAGCUGCAAACGGAACAACAUGUCCUAGCAGCACAAUUAAUGUCCCUGGAAGACCAACAACGCCGAACACACAUUAAGAUCCGCGGCAUACCUAACACCAUCACCACUGAAGAAUUGCCGCACUACAUCUGGCGCCUCCUGUCAACAAUACUGAUGCACACUGGAUGGAAUAUACCGUGUAACCAGCUCAGCCCGCAUCUCACCUGACAGCCCCAGAGACGUUAUCUUAAGAUGUGCUACCACACACGACAAAAUCCAAAUAAUGACUGCCAUGAAAGGCAAAACGCCACUAGAAUUUGAGAACACCAAACUAUUGUUUUUCCAAGACCUAACCAGGGCCACACUACUCAGACGCAAAUCUUUUGGGCCAGUGACGACUGUACUGCGCAAAGCCAACAUACCAUAUAUAUGGGGUAACACCGACUCCUUACUUGUCCAUCACGCAGAGACCACCCACGAUCUCACCUCCCCGAUGGGGGCCCUGGCAUUCUUGUCCGCACUGGGACUUCACCUGGAACAACCGCACACUGCAGACGACGCCCAAACCACUACCUGGGGAACAACAGCCAGCACCUCAACCGACCAAGCGGCGAAGAACCAACAACCCCAGAGCACCUGAACAUGCUACGGGACAGUGAUGAACUAGCCUUGACACAACCACAAAACUACCCGGCCCAUACCAGCCAGGUUGACAACCUAAACUCUCAUACAACCAUGUAUAUAGCCUUAUGUUACACAAGUUGACAACCUAAACUCUCAUACAACCAUGCAUAUAGCCUUAUGUUACACAUUUUAUUGUUUAGCUAUCCUGUUAAUGUCAUUUUAUGCAUAUAUUACAGCUGCACCAAACUUACACGAGACGUAUCCCACACAGGAACACAACCACGAUCCCUGAACACAAAAAAAAACCCUAGACCCCCGAAGACUAAUGGCGUCCUGAACACCCCCCCAUCUCCCCCUCCAGGCCAGGGGCAACACUAUGCAUGCUAAACCGCUACUGGGACCAACACAUAUGCACACCUGACAAGCAGGCCGCACACUGCACCCAGGAGAUAUUCACAACCUGGCAUCGCUCACACAGCAAGAAACAAACAUGUGACCACACGAGAACAGGCUCCUCAGCAACACGGCAUCCGCCUGCACCACAAAGGAGCGUACACCACACCACACGCUUGUAGCACCCCGGGAACGCAAUACAAACCAAUCACUAGCAUACCACCACUCAGACAGACCUGGGCUUGCACCCAAACAUGACCACAACACAAAGGUGCAUUUCACUGUACAACUUGAAACAAACCACAAAUGUUAUAUAAAUAUGUGUAACCGCUUUAUACAUGAAAAUUGAAAACCCCGGAAAUGCCUGAAAUGCUCUUCCUGUACAAUUGAGCACAGAAAAUAACAAAUAACGAAUUAAAAAAAAAAAAAAAAAGUUGUGCAAAGCCAUUGGGAACAGAGGGGAAGGAAAAGGCAGUGUAAUGCAUUUCAUGCUUAUGAGCACUUUAUCAAAGCCUCAAAAACCGCAGGGGUUAUGCACGAACUGCUUCAGCAUGCACCUACAGCUGACAGCAAAAACCGUCAGGAUGUUAGCCGUGCCUUAUUCUUGCCAAAAAUAGAAUCUCAUGUGAAAUCGGCAUGAAAGACUUGUGUUGAAUUCAUGUGAAUUAGAGUAUGCCUCUUAGCAGGAUUAGAAGUAAAGCUGAUACAAUUGUUAGGUAGUUCAGGUGAAUAGAAAUGGCGGUUAACUGUGGUCGGUCAAAUAACGUGAAGCAGACGGUUAUUGGCUAUGUGAAAUAAAUUUUUAGAUGAAUCAAAUCUCCUCUGUGUAGAAAAGAAACAAAUUUGAUUAAUGUGUAGUAGCUUUUUAACAAGCGUAUUGGCCAAAAUGUGUGGGUCAUUUUACAUAUUAAAAAAAAGUAAUAAAGCUUUUUAUUUACUGUACAUUUGCUUCUUGUAGUAGUAGUGGGAGUAGUGGUGGCAGCCAUCCCAGUAGUCGAAGCAGCAGUCGUGAGAACAGUGGCAGUGGCAGUGUGGGUGUCCCAAUUGCUGUCCCCACCCCAUCUCCUCCAAGUGUCUUUCCAGGUAAGGACAAGAGAAAAACGCAAUACAGCUUAUGUCAUGAUAAUACGAUUGCCAUGAAAUGUAAAAAUCAGAAUAGUUUUAUUACCAAUCCAUAAAUAUGCAUUUGAAAUAAUUAUCAGCAUCUGCUUUUGCUUUUUCAUCAUUUCAUGGAAUAUUUGUAUAAUUUUUCCAUUUUCUGUAUUUCAUAAUUCACUACUAUAGUAUGUGUAUAUAUUUUUGCUUAAUACUCUGUGUCUACCAUGUAAAAAUCUGUAACUCUGGUUGUGCAGUUGAGCAUUGCUUUGUGCGUUGUGCAGUUAUUUGAUUGAAUUAUACAUGCAGAUACAUUUGAGAUUGUUUAUUAUGUUUGCAUAGAUGGAACUUUUUUUCUGUUUUGCUUUGCUAACCCUGGCAUAAAAUGAGAGAGCAGUGGUAUUAGAGAAUGUUCAUGGUUUUUUUUUUUUCUAUUUAUGUAUAAAUGUUUUCCUUUCAUUAUUUUGACUUUACAUUUAUUUGUCUUAGGACAAUAUCAUGGUGUUCCUCAUUUACAUACUUGGGCAUUUUAUACAUUUGCUUGCCAUAGAUCUUCCUUUUAUUGUGGUGAAGGGAACGUCCUGACUCUAAAGACAUAGAUUUGCAGUUUUUAGGAGGAAAAGGUUGAACGUUCCCUGCAUAGAGAAAUCACACCAAUUGGCUGUAAGACCUGGGCAUCCUUGAAAAACCUAUAAAGUUCCCACGUAUGUUUAAUUGUAAGAUUACUUUGAUUUCUUAGUGUACUUAUGUUUAUUUCACACAUCCAUACCUAUUUUUAAUUUUUUUCUGAAAUAAAGAAUCCGAUUCCCGUGCAUGAUUCCCAUCCACCUGUGAAUGAUGGCAGUGCUAUUUUUUUCUUUACUAAAUUCCUAACACUGAGCUUCCUGAAAGCAUUUCUAAUCCUGGCUAACAUGAUUUCCGUAUUAACUUCACAUCUUCCUCUUUCCACGUAGCCCCUGCUGGCUCAGCUGGCACUCCUCCCAUCCCUGUUACCGCCACACCCGCCCCUGUCCCUCAUACUCCUGCUACCGCCCCUUCCUCCUCAACCACCCCAGACGCUGCUGCAGGAACCCAGCCCCCUGCUGACGGUUUCACCUCUCCAACUCCCCCUGCUGUUUCCUCUGCUCCUUCUUCAGGUGAGUGUGUGUGGACAGACCUUACUCAUGGGUCCACGGUAUGUAGUGAAUUAGAACGCACACACUUUGAUUGCAUGAAUAAACUGCAUCAAGAAAAGGAAACACUGCAUGUGUUACACUGCUGCCUUCUUGUGAAAUAACACGCUUUAUUUUCCCUCUGAUUAUUAAAUUCAUGUUUUUGGUCCUUUAUUUAAGUUAAUAAUUAAAUUUGUGCUUCUGAUGAACAGUCUGCUGACCUCAUACAAGUCAACAUAGUUUACUUGUGCAAGUUGUGUUGUAACAAUGUGAGUACACACACAACACUGACGGUCAAGCUCUGAUCACUGCUUUAUAAGAGAGGCUGGGAACUCUUCUGUAUUUGUAUGUGCCUUGAGCUCUCAUUCUGUAAUUGAAGCAGAAUGACUUGCAUGGUAUGGGAGGGCAGUACCCGCUCACAAAGUACAUGUUUUGGAUGACUGAAUGGGUAAUUGAUACUUCCCUAUAUGACGUCAGACGUCACAUGUAAACUGAGAAAAAAGUUGUUGUUUUUUAAAUUUUCCCCACUUUAAAAAAUAUUUUAUUUCUAUAUCAUGCUAUUUAUAAUAUGUAUGGGCGCACAGAAGCAGAAAGUAGAAAAAUGUAAAAUGAUUGCAAAUGUGCCAAAAAGGACUUGGUCACAAGCACGUUGCAGCUCAAAACAGCCUUGUUCCUUAAGGGGUUAAAGCACAGCUAGGGGAGGUGUGACUAAGACUGCAAAUUAAUUUAACUCCUACAUGGCAGGGAAUCGAGCAUUAAGACUGCAGGAACAUAAUCUAAGUUGUUUUGGUGUGUAGAGUGUCCCAUUAGGAUAUUUUGGAACUAGAAAAAAAAUCAGAGGCAGCCUACAAAAUAUCUACUAACAUGUUCAAUAAUAAAACUGUACAAAGUACAAUAAGUAAAAAAAAUAAAAAUAAAAUACAGUUUUAACAAAAAAAUUUCAACUGCUCAUUGGAUAUCAGUUUUUUUUGUCAAAAUGUACAGACUGCGUUUGCAACGAACAAAUCCAUCAAGAGCAAUUGAAAUAGCUCAAAACAACAAAUGCUUCAUGUGUUUCCCCAAAUCACCUGAAAAUGCAACUUAUAAUGACUUCUCCUGUGUCUAAACUAUUCAACCCCCCUAAAUAGAAUCCCUUACAACAGCACAAAUAUGCAAAGCAGGUGUUGUCUCAAACAUGUCUGAUGCAACUAAUCAAGGGCUUCAUUAGUUGCACCAGGUGUUGUUGAGCUGGAACACUUGAAAUACCUGAACUGGCUAGUGUCAUGUUGGACUGCAUGUUAGAAAUAAGUCAAAAGAAUGGUCCACAAAGUUAAGACAAUAGAUAAUCACCCUUUACAAACAAGCAACAGGAUGCAAAAAGAUAGCGAAGGCACUGAAUGUUCCUAGAGACACCAUUGGAAGCAUAGUUGGCAAGUUCAAAGUUGAAGAACCAGUGGUUACACUACAUGGUCGGGGCAGAAAGAUGAACCAGAUUUCUGAGAGAGCAGAUUUUGAAGAAAAAAAAAACCUUGAGUGACCGCAAAAGACCUGCAGCAAGACUUGGUGCUUCAGUGAGCACAGUAAGGUGCCUACUAAACACAGAAGGUCUCCAUGCCAGAAUUCCAAGACAUAUACCACUACUGACCCAAAAGCACAAGAAAAGUCAUAUCCAAUAUGGUCAAAAUCAUAUAAAUAAGCCAGAGUAGUUUUGGGAUUCUGUUCUGUGGAGCGAUGAAACAAAACUGGGACAUUUUAGCCAAAUGGAUUAACGGUAUAUCUGGAGGAAGGAGAUUGAAGCACCCGCUGAAGCAUGGUGGAGACUCGGUGAUGCUCUGGGGCUGCUUUGCAUCCUCUGGUACUGAAAACCGGCAACAUGUGGAAGGCAAGAUGAAUUCAUUGAAGUAUCAGGAAAUCGUAGAAGAAAACGUCAUGCUGUCUGUGGAAGCUUGAGCGUCAUUGGACCUUCCAACAGGACAAUGAUCCCGAGCGUACCUCUAAUUAAAGUGAACUUGUCUGGACUUACGCCUGUACCACAAUUUACAUGGCUGGUAUGCUCCUUGAACAUUAAAAUAACUUGCUGGAUUCAGACCUGUUUAUCCAAUGUGACAAUAUAGAAUAGUAUCUAGUCUAGAAUGGAAUGUAUCAAUGUGUGUUUUAGACAGAUAAAACGAAUCCUUAAAAUCAAGAAGCUACUGUGGCAACCAAAAAUGUGACUAUACCAGUGACAGGGCCGUCUUUAAUAACGAAUGGAACCUGGGCAAGUGUUUGCUUGGGCCCCCUGUGCCCUGCCGCUCUCGCCCCUCACUCCCUGGUAUGCAAUCACGGCAUCCAUCCCAACGCAGUGGCGGUACUAAAGUAGAAUGAAUUCUAUUGGGACCCCCAAUUGCAAGGUUGGACUAAAGGUAGAACCCCAUCUGUCGUGCAACUCCAACAAUGCUUUGACAGCUGGGACUCUACCAAUUUACCAUGCUUGCAGGGUUGUAUUUAGCACUGAGCCAUGUUAGUAUGUUUGAAUGUAAGCAUGUGUUUGUAUGGAGUAUGUUUGUGUGAAUGUGUUUGUAUGUGGUACUGGAGUUUGAAUGCAAGUGUGCAUUUAUGUGUAGUGUUUGCUUUUGAAUGUAGGAGUGUGCUUGUAUGUAGUGUUGACGUUUCAAUGCAGGAGUGUGUUUUAUAUGUAGUGUUGAAGUUUGAAUGGAGGGGUGUAUUUGUAUUUAAAGUUGCGGCUCAGAUGCACAGGUACACACUCUGACGCACAAGCAGAUACACAGAUACAUACACUGACUACAUACAGAUAAACAGGCACAUACACUGACAGACAUACCGACACAGGUACAUAUAUUGACACACACACAGACACAUACACUGGUAGACGUACUGACAGACAUACUGACACAGGCACAUAUACAGACAUACUGACACAGGCACAUAUACAGACAUACUGACACACAGACACAUAUACCGACAUACUGACACACACACACAGACACAUACACUGAUCAACAUACUGACACACAUACACUGACAGAUAUACUGACACCCACAUACACUGAGAAAUACUGACACACACACACAGGCACAUACACCGACACACACAGACUGAUAUACUGACACACACACACACAGACAUACUGGCACACAGACAGAUAUACUGACACAUGCAUACACAUGCACUAACAGACAUACUGACGCACUGACAGACAUACUGACACAUACACAUACUGACACACACACAGAUAUACUGACACACAGAUAUACUGACACACAGACAGACAUACUGACACACAGACAGACAUACUGACACACAGACAGACAUACUGACACACACACACACACACAUACACUAACACACAAACACACACACACUAACACACAUUUUUUUUUUUAAAUGUAAUCCCCCCAGCCUCCUUACCUUUUGGAGUGCUGGGGGGGAUUCCCUGGGGUCCAGUGGUGCUGCUGGGCUCCUGGGCGGGUGGCCGGUCGGGCAGGAAGGCGGGCGCGCGAGGGAGCACUCAAUGCUUCCUCUUCAGCUCCCUCGCGCGUCGCGUAGGGAUGCCGGCGCCGGAAGAUGACGUCAUCUUCCGGCUCCGGUAUCAGUGCGGUGCGCGAGGGAGCUGAAGAGGAAGCACUGAGUGCUCCCUCGCGCGCCCGCCCGCCGGGGUCAGCGGGGCCCACGGGUCAGGUGCCUCGGGCCCCCCAAGAGAAACUGGGCCCGGGGCAGCUGCCCCGUUUGCCCCGCGUUAAAGACGGCCCUGACCAGUGAGCAAAAGACAGACAAAAAUAUGGUUAUGUUGUUUUAUAUUGAUUUACAAAGCUUGAACUACUUUCUGUUACUAGUUUAUUUAAGUUUAUUUUGGAUACCUAAUACUUUCUAUGUUUGCAGUGUAGCAUUGUACAGGUCAUUUGAAACUGACUUGGUCGAUUGUUUUUUCUUUAUAUUCAGGUCAUCCUGCACAGUUCUACAGUAUGAACAGGCCAGUGUCUCGGCAUAACCCACCAACAAUAGGAGGAUCUCUCCCCUAUAGGCGUCCUCCAUCAAUGACCUCACAACCAAGCCUCCAGAACCAAAUAAAUGGAGGCCCUUUUUACAGCCAAAAUCCAGGUACUAGUGAUUUUGUUAAAUGCUUUCAUUUAUGAGUUGUGGGCUUUACAUAAAAACAGAUUGUCUUACUUUUGUGACAUAUGGUAGAAAAAAAAAAUGGUUGGUAGUAAGAUGCAAUAGACAAGGAACCAAACAUUGCAAGUGCCAAGUGAAAGUAUUUUUUUAUUCAAUUGCAAUAAGAAAAAACACACACCCACACACAGAAACAAAAUGAAGUUGUAGAAAACAAAAUACAAAUAAAAAAAUGAAUCCAGUAAACAUUAAAUAAUCACAUGUAGAGUAAACACUUAGUAAAAACUUUAACCUUUAUUUACUAACCCGAUUCGAGAGCCGAUGUUCCUCGGUGCUGGGUCACCACGCCACUUCCUCUGAUGGGGUAGCCUAAUACGCAUGGGCAGUGAGAGCAUUAGGCCCUCCCCAUAGGAAAUCAUUGAAUCAGUGCUUUACUAUGAGGUAUUAUGGACACUGGCGAUCCUCGUGCAAAGCAUAAGGGCGUUAUUUAGGCGAUCAAGAGUCCAUUGCACUUUUGGGGUUGCCUCUAGCGGCUGUCUGGUAGAAAGGAGGGACAGGGACAUUGCAUACAGACCACUUCAAUUAGAUGAAGUGGCCUGGAUGCCUAUAGUGUCUCUUUAAGAAUCUGUAACUUCCUAAAUUCAAAGAACAUCAAAUAUUGUCACGAAGAUCUUUCAGAAAAUGUUUAUAUGAGAACAGUAACCGUUCCAAUGAUCAACUGCAAGAAAGCUUGGUCAGUUUAUAAACAUAUCAUAUGACCUCGGUUCUCAAGGACAGCAUUGAUUUUUGUUUAGCUUUGUAACUGGUUUGUUACUGUAUAUCCAUUGUAACAAUUGUUACUGAAAUUAGAUAAAGCUCCACAUCGUUGUUUACUAAAGUGAAUUUAAAAUGUAAGGCCAGAGUAUCUGAACUGCAAGCAUAACUACUUUUCUGUUUCUGCUAUUUUGACCUUAAAUUGGAAUUUAAUGUUGAAUACACCUUGAAUUAAUAUAACUCUCAACUCUAAUUUGAACGGAGUCUCCCUAUAGUUUAUGAAGAGGAAUUUAAUGUCUUAAAGGGUUAGUCCAACCACCAUGACCACUUAGUGAUUUUCAUUGGUCAUGGUUGUAGGAGUCUGUAUGUGCAGUGUUUCUGAUUGAAACACUGCACAUACGGAGAUAUUUUUAAUUGUGGCCUAGUUGCACCUCCAGCACACCUGACUUGGGGCAUCCCAGCACUGCACCUGCCAACAGAUGUGAACUGCGCUCGCAGGGAGAAGAUAGUUGUAUUCUCCCAGUGGACCCUAGUCCUCCAUCCCUCGCUUAUUUGUUUGUUUUUAAGUAAAUCCUUCCUCCCACCUCCUGUCGCCGGUCCAGAUCAUGCACAUGUGCUCUUAG